AUGGAUGGAGAUGGUGUAAGUAUGGGAAGGUUUUGCAGUUUCAUUACAGUAUCCACAAACUCAACGUCGGAGGUAUCUUUGUGUCCAACACCACUGUUAGUGGGCUUUAGAACCAGAAAUUUCAUGUAACAGGAGCGCAGACAUAGACAUGGAGAUAGGCGGACACGCAGUUAAUUGCAUAGUGAAAUCAUGGAUUAUUUGCACUCCAAUUUUUGGGUUAUUUACAAACGUGAGAAUUCACGUAAUUUGACUCAUAACAACACUCUGAUUGGUGGAUUAAGUAACCAAUCAGAGAGUUAUGAAUCAAAUUACACAGCGUGUGAAAAUUCCAAGGAACUAUCCCACGCUGUGUAAAAUGACACAGAGCACUUUGAUUGGUGGAUUUCAAGCUAACCAAUCAGAGUGCUGUGACAGGUAAAUGUAGAGACUUACCUGUCAGUCUCUUCAUUUUCCUGUCAGAGCACUCUGAUUGGAUGGCUUAAACCCACCAAUCACAGUGCUCUGAGCCUAAUUGCAGGGCGGGGCAAGGCUUUAUAAGCCUUCUCCCGCCCUGCAGAGCUCAGUCUGCACAGAGCCCUCCAUGGGUGAAGAUGGAUUAUUAUUUUUUUGCCCUCGUUUUUUUUUUUUUUUUUUUAAGUGCGUCGGUUAUUAUGGCUUUUUAUUUGUCCUUUUUUGGGGCUGAAAAAAUAAGAUUUUAGAAGAAAAAAAACAUCAAAUGGUAAGUUUUAUUUUUAUUUUUUCAGGUACUUAGUUAAAUGGUCCCCCCUCAUUAUUUUUAGGGUGAGGGGGGUAGGUAGGGGUAAAUUUUUUGGAGGAGGAGGGUGACUAGGGGUUUGGGGACCCCUAGUCACCCGGGGGAUGGGGGGAUUAUUUUUUUUAUUUAGGGCCCCCACCCACCUCUCAGGGGUGGGGUUCAGGGGGAGGACAUUAGUCCCCCCCCAAUUAGUAUUUAGGGCCCCCACCCACCGCUCAGCGGUGGGGGUCAGGGGGGAGGACAUUAGGUCCCCCCCUAAUUAGUAUUUUAGGGCCCCCACCCACCUCUCAUGGGUGGGGUCAGGGGGGAGGACAUUAGGUCCUUCCCACUCAUUCUAAUUUAGGGCCCCCACCCACCGCUCAGGAGUGGGGGCCAGGGGGGAGGACAUUAGGUCCCCCCCAAUUAGUAUUUAGGGCCGGUGGGGGCCCUAAAUACCUGAAUGUCCGAAUUGCCCGAAAUUCGUCCGAAUUCAUAUUCGGCCCGAAACGAAUUGCACAUGUCUAAUGUAAAUGUAGCAGUCAGUGAAGUCAGUUAAAGGGACACUAAAGUCACCAAAACAACUUAAGCUUAAUUAAGCUGUUUUAGUGUAUAGAUUGUGCCCCAUGAUCUCCCUGCUUAUUUCUCUGCCAUUAAGGAGUUAAAUCACUUUGAUAAUGCAGCCCCAGACACACCUCCUUACAUGUUACUUACACAGCCUUCCUAAACACUUCCUGAAAAGAAUCAUCUAAUGUUUAUAUUUCCUCUAGUAUAACUUCUGUUUCAUUUAGAAUUUAUCUCCUGCUUUGUUAAUAGAUUGCUAUACUUUGAAGGAGCCUCCUGUGUGUGAUUAAAGUUCAAUUUACAGAGCAGGAGAUACAAACAUCUGGAGUCUGUUAACAUUGGAUUGAAAGUGAAACUAUUUUUUUUCAUGCAGGCUGUGUUAGUCACAGUCAGCGUAGGUGUGAGUAGGACUGCAUAAACAGAAACAAAAAGGAUUUAACUCAUAAAUAGCAGAAAAUUUAGCAGUGAGACUGCAGGGACAUGAUCUAUUCACAAUAACUGCUUCAAUAGGCUUAAGUUGUUUUGGUGACUACAAUGUCCCUUUAACCCCUUAAGGACACACGACAUGUGUGUCAUGUCAUGAUUCCCUUUUAUUCCAGAAGUUUGGUCCUUAAUGGGUUAAGGAGGGGGGAAAUGUAUGUCUCCCCAGCUGGACUGCUAGCCACAGUGCUCCAUGUUUUACAAAAUGUUCAUCCUUGACCCUAACUGGCUGUACCCACCAUAACCAUAACACCAUUUAACCCCUUAAGGACCAAACUUCUGGAAUAAAAGGGAAUCAUGACAUGUCACACAUGUCAUGUGUCCUUAACGGGUUAAAAAUUUUUUUUUAAAUCUACAAAGUCAUGCAAAAGUGAGUAAGAAUGCUUUUAUACUUUUAUCAGUAUAAUGAAUUUAUAUAUCGCCAAUAAAUUACACCCUACAAGAUUGAUUAGUUUGGUUGAUGCAGACAUUUAUGAGACCCCUGUCUGCAGUUGCAAACUUAAGUACAAAUAUUAGCUGUAAUAUUUCUUUAAGAAGAGAAGCUGCGCAAUAUGGAAUAAUUAUACUUUCCAAAGGCAGACAGGAAAAGAUUUUAGGAAUGUGUAGCACAAUGACAUAUUUCCCUAAUAAGAAACUCAGAGUUAGAGUAAUUGACUUCAUAUUCUAUAUUGCAGGAGGCAGACACUAUUGCAGACAGUUCAAUAUGUUUCCCAGAUGUCCCUUGACAGUGCCACAUUACAUAAUGUGUGGGAGCUUUUUUUGCUUGAUUUUUUUUUUCCUUAAAUUUAAAACAAUUCAAUAAAAGAGUUAUGUUGAAAAUAUGAUCAAUACAAAUGAUCAGAUUCUUUUUGUACUUCAUUACAGAAUAACAGCCCUAUUAAAUUUCAAUAUUCUUUUUUUCCCCCCUAGGAUGGAAAAAAGAAGUUUGACAAAGAAAGUGAGAAAUAUUACUCAAUUUUAGAAAAACACUUGAAUUUGUCUUCAAAAAAGAAAGAAUCACAUUUGCAAGAGGUACUGUAUUUCCUUUUCUGAUUUCAAAUUACUGGACUUCAGAUUUCACAGUUCAUCGUUUUGUGUCAUGUAUUAUUUCAUUUAUUAUAUAUUUACACUUAAAGAGGCACUUUAGCCACUAUAACCAUUUCAUCUCAUUUAAAUUGUUAUGGUGUCUGGAGUCUCCUGGUGCCAUACAUACAUUCAAUGUUAAACAGUUUCAAAUAGCUUAAAGGGACACUCCAGACCCCUAAAACACUUUAGUUUGCUGAAAACCUUUAUGUGUUAAACGUGUGUCCUCUUUUUAUUUUUCACUUUGCAAAAAGUUCAGAUUUCAAUGGAAUUUGACACUUUUAAUAAUUAACCUAGUUACACCCUCCUGGCUGUAAAACAUACAACAUGUCCUGUUACUUCCUGGUUUGGAUAACACAGUAGAGCUAGACUCAACAAUUACUCAGAUCUCCUUCCUUGCAAAGAUGUCUCAUUGAUCUGCAUGUGAUUGGACAGCCACAGAAAGUCUGGUUGGGGUUAUAAUGUAAGGGUUUGCAAAGGCAUCAGAUAAGAGAUGUGCAGUUUUUGCAAGCUGUUUUCAUAUAUACUCCAACUAAAUUAUUUUUCAUUUGGGUAUAUCCACUAUAAAGUGAUUUUAUAUUUGUUUUGUAUUUGCUCAGUGUAGUAAUCCCUUUAAGCUGAAUGAGAGUCCCUGCCUGAAUUCUAGCCUUGGCAGGAGGAAUUGAUAAGGCAAAGAUUACUUAGCUAUACCAUAAGAACAAUGGUUGACUGUAAUAGGCUUUGACAUGCAUUGAUCACUUCCAGUCUCUCUCUAGGCCAGUGUGCCUACAUUAUUAUUACUAUUUAUAAAGCAUCAAAAAAUUCCGUACAUAAAUUAAGAACAUAAUGCGAGUGUGCUUGAACAGUGAUUUACAACUGCCAAAGGUACAAACCACAGACUCCAUUCAACAAAAAGGAAUUAGGAUAGUCAUGGAAUAAUUUUUUGUUCCCCUGACUGAGCCACAUUAUACAGUGUGCCACCUUUGAGCAUGGAUCAAUGUCUUAUUUGCCUUAUGGUGGUGAUGGACUUCUGUCCUUAAAAGGAAACUAUAGUCAACAGAACAACUACAGCUUAAUGCAUUUGUUCAGGUAAGUAGAAUCAUUACCUUCAGGCUUUUUGCUGUUAACCCUGUCUUUUCAGAGAAAAUGCAGUGUUUACAUUACAGCCUAGUGAUAACUCCACUGACCACUUCUCAGAUGACUGCUAGAGGUGGUUCCUGGAGAAGUGCUGCAGUGUGAGCAGCGCUGCCAUUCAGUGUCUCCACCCUCUGCUUGCAGACACUGAAUGUUCAUCAUAGAGAUGCAUUGAUUCAAUUAAUCUCUAUGAGGAGAUGCUGAUUGGCCAGGGCUUUGUUUGACUUGUGCUGGCUCUGCCCCUGAUCUGCCUCCUUAACAGUAUCAGCCAAUCCUAUGGGGAAGCAUUGUGAUUGGCCCAGACCACUACUUCUGAUGAUGUCAGCAGGCAAAGGCAGUUCAGGGGCAGAGGCAGUAGCUGCAGACUUGAAUACAAGUAAGAUUUUACUAUAUUUAGGGAGGCAAGGGUGGGCAGGAGGGCUAGAUAGUGGUUUUAACACUAUAAGGUCAAGAAUACAUGUUUGUGUUCCUGACCCUAUAGUGAUCCUUUAAUGGCAGCAAGCAGCAAUACUUCUAUAAACCCACCAACAAUCUCAGUUUUGUCAACAGACUCUUUUUUUCAAUACUUUAUUCAAGGCUGAUCAAAAUGGUUACAAGCAAGAUAAUACAUUUUUACAGUUAAUAGUGCAGCCAUAAUACAUUUAAAGCCCGUCAGCAAUCAAAUACAAUACCAAGGGGUUUAUGAGGAAAGAAGAGGAAAACGAAAGAGAAGAAAAAACUUUGAAACAAAAACUUUAAAACAAAGACUUUUUUUUAAACUUGCACCACUGUGAUGAUAACAGAGGGGACAAGGAAAAAAAACUAAUUUAAAUGUAAAGUCACAAUAAGUUAUUCACUAAACAGGAACAUGUUGGGAAUUGACAAGAGAAAAUCAAAUUAGAGUCCAGAACAGUCCACCUCUUUGACAGUAUUUCCAUUUUGGUGAGAAUUGUCAGGUCUCCACAACUCAUGUUUAGGUAAUAACCCUAUAAAUAUUAACCACCAAUGCUAUAAUAAAUAGUAGUCUUGUACAUCCUGUUUGAACUGAAGAAUUAUUUUCAGAAUUUUGUGCAAUUGGAGAUUAAUCCGAAUCUCGCAACACCGAAUUGUCAUAUGGAUGAAGCAAACAAACCUGGCAAUGGGCCAGGCGUUUUGUUUGUUUUGUUAUAUGAUUCAGAGUUCCAUAUGUGGUGCCAUAAAAAGGGUUAGGGGAAUGGAGAAGAAACUGAAUUUUUUGUGUUUUUUUUAUUUUUAUAUUUGCAAUACACUAUUAGGCACAUUUUCAUGGCAUUUUUAGUGUCAGACUAACCGAAAGGCCACAUGGAUGAUAUUCGGUCCAAAGAACCAAAUUUUGUGGGGUAGGUCCAAUUGAUUCUGCCAUGCACAAGUCUAAUGAAUAGAUAACACAUUGCAGGCACUCCUCACUUACCGACCGAGUUCCAUUCCUACGAGUAGGUCAUUAAGCAAAUUGGUCGGUAAACAAGGUUGCCUCAGACCGGCACGAGAAUCAAGUCUCACAUGCGAAUUCCCUCGAACAUAGACCAGCUCACUAGCACAGGGAAUACCUCAAGUCUGUGUUCGGGAGAAUUCCCUCGAACAUAGACCAACUCUCUAGCAAGGGGUAUACCUCAAGUCUAUGUUCGGGAGAAAAUCCCUUGAACAUAGACCAGUUCACUAGCGCGGGGAAUACCUUGAGUAUAUGUUUGGGAAAAAUUCCCUCGCACAUAGACCAGCUCACUAGUGCAGGGAAUACAUUGAUAACAAACAAAGAAAAGGUGUAUAAAUGGUGCUAUAAAUCAAAUAAUAACGUAUAUCCCAGUGCAUCUCAAAUUACACAAGUGUUGUAUCAUCCCAAACACUUACAUCAAAUAUGGAGAAACAGAGAGAAGUUGGCGCACACAAUGGAUAUUUUUUUUUCAAUAAUCUGAAAUAAAUAUAACAGAACCUUCAUAGGGCAACAUAUAUGAGAAAAAUUUUAGAUAUAUGUAUAACAGGAAAAACUCACAAUUUGGAGAGCCAUAUAAGUCGGCUCUCUACUAAAAAGGCAGGUGAGUAAUCCCAAAACGACAAAUAGCCGCAGUGAUGAUGGUCUCCCAGGGAAAGAGUUGCUUCAAAUCCACCUGGAUAGAAUUUCAGGGAAUACAUUGAGUCUAUGUUCAGGAUAAUUCCCUCGAACAUAGACCAGCUCUCUAGUGCAGGGAAUUCCUCAUAUCUAUGUUUGGGGAAAAUCCCUCAAGUUUAUGUUUGGGAGAAUUCCCUCAACCAUAGACCAACUCACUAGUGCAGGGAAUUCCUCAAAUCUAUGUUUGGGGGAAUUCCCAAGACUAAGAUUCUGGAGAUUCCCCGUGCUAGGUAGCUGACCGUAUGUCUGAGCAAUCGGGAAGCAGGUAAGUUGUAAAGUGAGUACUAUCUGUACUCAUGAUAUUGACUAACAAAAUCAAGUGAUACCAUGUCAUGUUGUGAAAGCUGGUGCAGAAUAAGAAGCAUAUUAGCUGGAUGAGAUGUUUAGUCCUGUACACUUACUGUUAACAUAAAAUAAAUGUUUUUAUAUAAUUUUCUUUUUUUUUUUUACAGUGCAUAUGAUUUCUUCUUGUUUUUUUUUUUACCUAAAUUUAUAGAUUAAUAAAAUGUAUAUGUUGUGAUAGAAGUACUAGAAAAACUAUGUUUUACUGGAUUUUAAAUUAUUAGAUCUCAGAGAUUGCUAUUUCUGUUUGUUUUUAAAAAGUUCCUAAUGCAAAUUAACCUUCUACUGUGUAAAGCAUUUUUGACUGCCUUAGCCAAGAAAUUGACAGGGUUAAUUUGCAUAAGAAGCCUUUGGAAAAAAUGUAGAAACAAUAUUUGAUGCAUAAUGUUAUUAAUAAAAUAUAUUUAUGUUUAGUUUAAAAUACGUACGAAGUUCUGGUGGAUGGGACAGGUCCUUUUUAAUUGGUUUAAAUAUAUUCAUAGUUUGCAUUUAUCAUUAACAGACGUGCAAAUAUUGGUGAUAUGUUUCUUUUACUUUUUAAUUAUAAAUAUACCAGUAUAAUGUUACAGAAUCUAUGAAUACAUAUUAGCCAGUUCUGUAACCUGGGUAUAGUUUAUGUAUUUAAUCCAACAUAAUCUUCUAAUUGUCAUAACAAAGCAGUAUUUAAUACUUUAUUAAAAUAAAUUACUUUCAGGAUUUCUUAUUAUAGCUCUGAACAGGCCCCUGUGUAGUUUCUGUGUCCAAAUUAAUUUCCAAAUUAGGAAAUUUUCCUAAAGUCUUAUAUACUACCCUUAUAUCAAAUAUCUAUUCACAAGACCUUCAUACUUAAAGGGACAUCAUAGGCACCAAAACAACUUUAGCUUAAUGGAGCAGUUUAGGUGUAUAUGUCAUGCCUCUGCAGUCUCACUGCUCAAUUCUCUGCCAUUUCAGUCACAUUGUUUAUACAACCCAAAUCACACCCCCCUACAUGUGACUUGCACAGUCUUCCUAAACACUUCCUGUAAAGAGCUAUCUAAUGUUUAUACUUCCUUUAUUGCACAAUCUGUUUAGAAAUUUGUAUCUCCUGCUCUAUUAAGAUCCUUUUAGGCCCUGUUGGAGCAUCCUGUGCAUGAUUUAAAAUUAAAUUUAAAGAGCAGUAGAUAAAAACAUCUAAAGCAAGUUAACAUCUGAUGGAAGUGAAUCCAUUUUGCAUGCAGGUUUUGUCACAGGCAGGUGAGGUGUUGCUAGGGCUGCAUUAACAGAAACAAAGUGUUUCCUAAAUACGCGUCUCUGUAAGGAUGCAGCGUCCAAAUAAUACCACUUCAGAAUGGAAAAUCAUGUAUUUUGUGGGUACAAUAGAUACACAUGUAUAUUAAGCACCUGGAGUGUUAGUGUCUUUACAGACUGCUAUUGCAGCUUGCAAUGAAUAUAUGUAUGCUAAGUACAUGUGUACAAAGACCUCUAUACCUCCUUCUUCUCCACACUCUUACUUCUUUAAUGUAGCAAAAGUUGUUGAAAUAUUUUUUAUUCAAGUUAAAAAUGCAAUGAUGAAGUAAACCUGCUGGUUAAAGAAGAGUGAUCCCAACCAUUUCCUAAACCAGAAUAAUGUACCAGUAGAUGUAACAAACCAUGGAGAUUUGCUAUUCUGAGCUAUUUUGUGGGAGGUGAGGGGGGGGGGAGUGUAAUUUAUUCCAAAACCCAACAGAGUGCAUCAUGCAACAUUUCGGCACUUAUAAUGCCUAUCCCAAUCUGCAUGAAGCAGAAACUAUACAUAUUGAAAGUAACCAAGUCGCCUCUAUUUGAUGAUGGAAUAAAGUUCACUCGCUAUUUGUACAUUCGGUUUCAGAUGAAUUGAGAUAUAGCAAUAUGCAUGCAUCAUGCAACAAAUAGAAAACGGCCAAUGGACGAGUCAGUUGGUAAUUCUGAGUUAAAAUCCCAAUUUAUGGCAGCACUAUUGGGGUAUGUGUGUUGGGUUGUGCAUUUGGUUUCAGACAAACCAAAUGAAUGGGUAUGAAUGGGUAUGACAACAAGGAAGUGUGUAAUCUCUGCCUUAGCUACACAUACAGAAGGGGACGGACUGUGGGUGGCCAGGGACUCUUAUUUUGUGGCAUAUUGCACAAACAUGGUGCAACACUGAAUGGAGGGACAGUGCCAGGGUACUCCAGGCACUAUAACCAAUUCAAAGAGACAAAGUGGUUAUAGUGACUACAGUGUCCCUUUAAGCAAAUAACCCCGUACGUAAACGGUAGAAGUCAAUAGAUUUUUUUCACGUCUUCUGGUUUUAUUUUUGCUUUGCUUAGUCUGAAUUUACUGGAUUGAUUGAACAGUUAAAUCAUUCCCCGAAUCUACCAAGUCAAUACUUACCCAUAAUAACCAUGUUCUUUCUCUAAUGUCAGCAGAAAAGUAAGAACCUGAGUAAUAAGAAACAAGAACUGAUUGUUUUAACACAGAUCACCCUUCUCUGACCUAAGCACCAGGGGGACAAUAAUCAUUUUGUACAAGAGCACAAAGUGCAGCUUCCUGUUAACUGCGUUUGCUUCAUUACAGGCUGAUACAUUGAUCGACAGAGAACAUCAGAACUUCUCCGAUGCCUCUCUGGAGUAUAUAUUUAAAGUGCAAGAGGUCCAGGAAAAGAAGAAAUUUGAAUUUGUAGAACCCGUAAGUAAAUAUUAUGUUCCAGUUCACAUGGCCACUUCAAUUAGAUUCUCCUACCAAACAUUCAUUUGAAGUUUGUAAUCGCGUAUCUUGGCAAAAUACAUUUGAAUAAAAUGUUAUGAAUAUUCUAAGGUACGACAAAAAAAAAAUACAGAAUGGUUUGGGAUGCCUUAAUAUAAAUGGAAAGCAUAGGUUUGUGUGUUGCUAAAUAUAACAUUGCUAUAUUCCCAAAAGCAGAAAUUGCAAAGAACUGACAAAGAAAAUGCUAAUUUCAGGUUAAAAAUAUCUGAAUUGAAACAUAGAAACAUAGAUAGAAACAGAAUGUGACAGCAGAUAAUAACCAUAGCCCCGGGCCUUAUCUUAUAGUUAGGAUAGCCUUAUGCCUAUCCCACACAUGCUUACACUCCCUCACUGUGUUAACCUCUAUCACUACAACUGGGAUGCUAUUCCAUGCACCCCCUUCCCUCUCAAUACAGUAAUACUUCCUGAAAUUAUUUUUAAACCUUUGCACCUCUAAUUUAAGACUAUGUCCUCUUGUCGUGGUAGUUGUUCUUCAUUAAACAUAUAGUCUCCUCUUUUACUGUGUUGAUUCCCUUUAUAUAUUUAAAUGUUCCAAUCGAUGAACUAGUUUAGCAGCCCGUCUCUGAACUCUCUCCAAAGUAUCGAUAUCUAGUACUGCGUACAACAAAAGUGAUGUCUCACCAAUUGAACCAACAAUUGAAAUCAUUGUCCAACUAUUUUUGAACUUUGGCUGUUCUAGCCCAUAAUUUGCAGUUCCUGGUCUACGAUAAUCCCUAAAGGAGUUAUGUAGAAAUUGUUAGGGGUGCGUUGACAAGAGAUUUACAAGACAAAUUUAAUGUACCUCCAACUGUCUUCCAACUGACCUGAACAUGGUCUGAUAUUCCUGAUUUUUUUUUUCUCUGGUGUCCUACUUCUAGGACAGUACCAAAAACUCAACAUAAAAUGCACAGUAUGUGCAGCAUUGAACACAUUCAUGGUUCUGGGAGGCUGGUUUUACCGACACAUUCUGAACAUACACAUCACCAGCAAAUUGCGUGACUUGCUAACCCCUUCUGGAAGUAUGAGACUACAUUAGUCAAGUUAUCAUAUACAAAACAGCCCGUUCCCAAAUCCUUUUACUGGCUGGUUGAAAUCUCCUUUGAAGAGAUACGUAACUUCUGCCAAUCUAGUUGUUGUGUACUACAAUACCCUGUAAUCUUUCCAUAUGGAACAUGAUUGGUAAUACAGUGCAUCAACUUAUUGCCGAACCCUCCUCUUCUUUCAUUUUAUUAAUAUUUUAAACAACAGUAAUCACCAGCAUAGGAAUAUCAUAGGUGUCACCCAUUAUAUACAUAUAUCACCUCAUUAAAUAUAUCCUAUUAUAUUAAAUGCAUUCAUUUGUUUUUUACUGAUCAUUUUAAAAGGGUCCAAUUGCAGGAACCCAUGUUAAGGUUUAAUAUAUGGGAUAUUACAGACUGUGAAUUGGGUUACUGGAUACUGCAGAGAAUGCAAUUGGUCUUUAAGCAGUUAAAAUCAAAGCUCCGUUGCGUGCUUGUCAAAAUCUCUAACAAAAUAUUUAAAAUAAUUCAUAAAUUGACACUCAUCUGGUGAUUCCAUCAUAGAACACAAAAUAUGUCUUGUCCUAUUACACUUACAGUUGCAGGCAUAAUGAUUGGGGUAUUGUCUGAGCAAAUCAUUACUUUGUGUAAUCCGAUUGGUGGAUGUAAAGGCUGUUACUUUGUUAUUGUUCCAAAUUGACAUCUCUAGAAAUGAUUUGAAAUGGUGCUGACAUUUUUAUCGUUUACAUAAGGUGUUCUGUGUCUGUGUGUGCUCUUAUGUUUUAUUAUACCAGACAGGCAUACAUUUGUAACAUCUUCCUUUUUAUAUACAAAAGCCAAUUGCUAAUUCCUUAGUUGUCAAGUGGACUUGAUAUCCACAAAUGCUUGGAUGGCGAGACUGGCUGCAGCUAAGGUUAGAGAUGUUAUACAUCUUGUAAUGUAUAUUGUGGCUGCAAGUAAAUUAGAUUAAGUACAAUAGUUUCAUGAACGUCAGUUUUACGUAACUACUGUAUGUUUUGUGUGCAUUGGUUAAUUCCCUCGAUGCCUGGUGCAGUAUGUCAUGAUGCAUUGUGCUUAGCCAAUUGGCAUUUUGGGUUUGUAACACUGGCUUAGAGGUAUGAGCUAAGAUCUGUAGGUGGCUGUAUAUUAUCUCUAUACAUGGGGUGGGGGCAGGAACUAGCCUUUCAUUACUCUAACCUCCAUUUCUGUUGUUAGGAUAUGGCAUGGUGGUAAGAAUCCCUAUGUGCAGAAUAUCAUCUUAAAACACUGCACUUACGGAGAUAUUUGCACUUUUGUGCCAGGGGUUAGUUGAACCUCCAGCAUACGUGACUUGGGCAGCCCAGAACUCUGAAUGCCAAUUCUGUGCAAAAAUGAUGUCUGUUAUCUGUGUGCUGGCAACUGCUGCUAUGUACAGCGCUACGGAAUCUGAUGGCGCUAUAUAAAUAAUAAAAUAGUAAAAAUAAUAACAAGCUUCUACCUUUGCAGGCAGUGCUAGGAGCAUGUCCCCCAUCCCUCCCUUAAAGGACCACUAUAGGCACCCAGACCACUUCAGCUUAAUGAGGUGGUCUGGGUGCCUGGUCCAGCUAGGUUUAACCCUUUUUUCUAUAAACAUAGCAGUUUCAGAGAAACUGCUAUGUUUAUAAAUGGGUUAAUCCAGCCUCUAGUGGCUGUCUUAUUGACAGCCACUAGAGGGCUUCCGCGCUUCUCACUGUGAUUUUCACAGUGAGAAGACGCCAACGUCCAUAGGAAAGUAUUGAGAAUGCUUUCCUAUGGACUGGCUGAAUGCGCGCGCAGCUCCUGCCAUGCAUGCGCAUUCAGCCAAAGAGGAGGAGAGGAGGCGGAGAGAAGGAGGAGAGCUCCCCGUCCGGCACUGGAGAAAGAGGUAAGUUUAACCCCUUCCUCACCCUAGAGCCUGGUGGGAGGGGGACCCUGAGGGUGGGGGCACCCUCAGGGAACUAUAGUGCCAGGAAAACGAGUAUGUUGUCCUGGCACUAUAGUGGUCCUUUAAUGUGAUCCUUCCCUUCCUCCCCCCACUGACAAUGAUACUUUAAAAAAAAAAAUAACUUCCUCCCAUAUCCACCCACUACUGCUUUCCCCCUUUCUGUGCUCUAAACCUGUGGAUAGGACCAACUAAAUUUUUUUCUUUAUGAUAAGCAUUUAAUUGGAUGACUGACAGGGGAGGAAUUAUGCGGCAUGAUGAAGUAGAAUCCAGCACCGACAGUAGAAGUACCUCACCCGGCGUUGGUUCCCCUUAAUUUUACAAAGUAUUUUUAAUAAUUAUGGGGGGCUGGACACUCUGUAAGUGCCCAAUAGGGGAUUUUAAAAUAUAAUGAUUGAGAAAGAGUAUUGUAGUAACCCUUUAAGCAUGGCACGUCUAAGAGGUUCUUAAAAUAAUAAUUUUUCAUUUUUGCCUGUAAAGAAAUUUCUAAUUCUAUUUGAAAUUUCCCAUGUGUGCUGUGAAAUUCACUUUGAAUUUCAAGUAGACAGAUUUAAGACCAUUGUUCAAUAUUAGACUUUUUAGAUAUUUGUUUUUGCCUAUUGCAUGCUAUAGUGUUAUCCCAGUGGAUAUUAUACACUAGAGCACACGUAUUCGAACAUCUUACGCUUGCUUAAUUAUUCAUGAUUAAAAUGGAUUUUAACCACAAUCACAACCAGGGAAUUCCAAUAAUUCUCCACACUCAUUUCUGCUUUUGGAAUGUCUGUGUGUUGACAAAAUUAUAGUUUCCCUCAACAGGCCUGAAACAAGCAUUGUUCAAUGUAUCAUGUGCUCCUUAAAGAAGUAGUAUUUCACUCAUUUAGUAUUUUUUAUUUUAAGGGAGACUGUCACUUCUCUGGAAAUUACAAAAUUCAAUAAAACUGACUAUUACCCUGUGUUAAUCAUUAUGUCAUGCGAUCCUCUGUUUUCUCUUAAAUAUAUAUAUUACAGAUUUAGCAAAUUACAUCACAAUCUAGCUCAGUCCAGUGUGAGCGUAAAGGUGGAAUAGUGGUUGAUGGGAGAUACAUCAGACCUGAUUUGCUAAACAGCAACCAGAGGAUUUUUCAGUUAAAUGCCCCAGGGAGAGAUGUUAAAGUUUGCAAUAUGCAUAGCUGAUGCUCUGCAAAACAUGGUAUGGGUCCCUGGGGCGGAGUAUUUGGAGAGCAGGGUGGGCCAAUGCUCCAACAGCACUAGUUGCUGUAUAACAGACCACAGCUUGGAUCUGAUUUUAAGAGUUAACUAAUUGGCACUCACCUGUAGCUACUCAAUUAGUAGACAGGCCUUUAAAAGAAGAGAGCAGCCUGCUGCAGAGUGAGGGAGAAAAAGACAGCUAGGAGAGAUUGUGUUUAUUGCAAAGACAUUGCUUUUGUUUGGAAAAUUGGUAAGUGGGAAAGCCACCCAAUUGCAGAUAGCAAUUACUGUCUAGUAAGAGCUCAAGUAAGAGCAAGGGAUUUUGUUUGUUUUGUUAUUAUUUAAAGUACCUGCUUUCUUACUGAAUAAAAAGGAAAACUGAGCUGAAGGUGUCCUGGACUUUGUAUACCCUAGAAGGCUGUGGUUACUGCAAGAUCGGUGACAAUCCUACCUGUAAAAGAGGUGGUUUGUUACAUAUGGUGGAGAAUGCGGGCAGCCACGUAAGCCUGAGGGUAGAAGUCAUUUAAAGCUCAACAUGGAGGAUGUUAUCAAGGCUCUGAUCCAAUCCACCUCUGUGCAACAGGAGACUAACAGGAGAGCUGCAGAAAACAGUGCAGCCCUGCAGCAACUGGUGCUGGCCCAGGCAGAGUGUGCUAAAGUCCUGGCCAAAACACAAAUGGAGUGCACUGAGUCCUUGGUGAAACAGCUUGUUGUGACACAAGCGGAGAUGUUUAAAGUAGCCCGUGAGGAGCAGCAAAAAGUCACCCAGGGACUACAACAGGAAAUCCAAGCUAUCUCUGAAAAACUGAAUGGAGACCCUGAUGGAAGAUACCAGGGGCCAAAGGUGAUUCGGGCGAGCCACUAUCUUCAGAAAAUGACCGCAUCAGAUGAUGUUGAGGCGUACCUUCUGGCAUUUGAGCGCACUGCUGAGAGGGAGGGAUGGCCGGCUGGUGAGUGGGCAAGCAUACUGGCACCGUUCCUAAGUGGAGAGCCGCAGAAGGCAUAUUAUGACCUAGAACCAGCCGAUGCAAGUAUCUACAGCAAAUUGAAAGCUGAAAUCUUGGCACGACUGGGUGUAACCUCUGCAGUACGUGCCCAAAGGUUCCACUCAUGGUCAUAUUCUUCAGACAAAGCCGCACGUUCCCAAAUGUUUGACCUCAUACACCUUGCACGGAAAUGGUUACAACCUGAAAUCCAUUCAGCUAGCCACAUUGUGGAAACCUUAGUAAUGGACCGGUUUUUGCGUGGUUUACCAGCUUCCCUGCGUCGCUGGGUCAGCCAAAGUGACCCCCAUACAGCUGACCAACUGAUUGCCUUGGUGGAAAGAUAUGUGGCUGCAGGAGAACUGCUAUGUCCUACUUCACAGGCAAACCCUCGCAAUCCUAAGCCCCAAGAUUCUGCAAGACCUGGUAAGACUGUUCAAGGUUUAAGGGGAGCUGAAGAACUGCAGCUCUAUACACAAAACACCAGGGGGGCAUCCAGGUCUAAUAGGCCUGGGAAAGGAACUAAUUGGUGGUCAGAUUGUACUGUCAAAUGUUUCAAGUGCAAAGAGGAUGGUCAUAUGGCCAAAGACUGUCCAUUUAAGGAUGAACCUAUGGAAUGCAAUAUGGGCAAAGAUGAGGGAACACGUUCAUUUUUGCUCAAUUGUUAUGGUACUGUUAACAAUGACUAUGAUAAUAACGCUCAUAAAUGCUGUGUAACUGUGAAUGGAAAAAUGUCUAAAGCAUUACUUGAUUCAGGUAGUAUGGUUACGUUGGUAGCAGAGUCUAUAAUACCUUGUGUAAAACCUGAUCAUGUACAGAAAAUAGGCAUUAUCUGUGUUCAUGGUGAUAAAAAGGAAUACCCCACUGCGGAAGUAAAUAUUGGAACCCAGUAUGGGGAUUUAAAGUACCGAGUGGGUGUAGUACCUAGAUUAGCCCAUGAGGUAGUGAUCGGUAGAGACUUUCCUCAUUUUCUAAAAUUAUGGGCAGCUUUACAAAAGACAGACCAAAAUUUAUCAGAAAUGAGUCAGUCUGUCGAGGAUAAUGUGUUCCCUUUUUCCGAUAUUGACUUGGGUUUUGACCACUGUGACGGAAAAAUAAGAAAAAAGAAAAAAUACUGCCCUAAACCAGUAUUAAUAGGAGAUAACCCAGCUCAAACUAGUGAGGAGCCUACUAAUACUGCAGACAAGGAUAAGGACUUAAUUGAUAUUGGAAUUAGUCCAGGUAACUUUAAAAGCGCUCAGUGGGAAGAUCCCACUUUAGUGACAGCUAGAAAUGAUAUUAAAGUUGUAAACGGGGUUGCUAAUCAGCCAGGAGAAGCACUGCCGUUCCCCUAUUUUGAAGCACAAAAUGACCUAAUUUACCGUGUAGAAAAAAAGGAUUCAGACAUCAUUAAGCAGCUGUUGGUUCCUCAGACUUACCAGAAUAUAGUGCUAAAGUUGGCUCACAGCCACAUAUUAGGGGGACACUUGGGAGUCGAAAAAACUAGAGAGAGAGUCCUUAGAAGGUUUUACUGGCCUGGAGUGUUUGCUGCUAUUACAAACUAUUGCUCCUCAUGUCCUGAGUGCCAGUACAGGGCUCCUUUCAAGACUUUUCGUAGUCCACUUGUACCCUUACCCAUAAUUGAUGUGCCUUUUGAAAGGAUCGCUAUGGACUUAGUGGGGCCACUGGUAAAGUCCGCUAGGGGACACCAAUAUAUAUUAGUCAUCUUGGACUAUGCAACUCGCUACCCUGAGGCCAUUCCCUUGCGUAAUACCUCUGCAAAGUUAAUAGCUAAGGAACUUAUGUUGAUGUUCAGUAGGGUGGGUAUCCCUAAAGAAAUACUGACAGACCAGGGGACCCCGUUCAUGUCCAGAGUCACAAAAGAGUUGUGCAGGCUCUUGCAGGUUAAACAUCUUAAGACCUCAGUAUAUCACCCACAGACUGAUGGUUUAGUAGAGAGGUUCAACAAAACCCUUAAGAGUAUGCUACGCAAGGUAAUUGAUGCAGAUGGAAGAAAUUGGGAUUUUUUAUUGCCAUAUCUACUGUUUUCCAUUAGGGAAGUUCCACAGGCCUCCACGGGCUUCUCUCCUUUUGAAUUAUUAUAUGGAAGACAUCCCAGGGGAAUAUUGGAUAUUGCUAAGGAGACCUGGGAACAGGAGACUACUCCUCACAGGAGUGUAAUUGAGCAUAUAGCUCAAAUGCAGGAUAGAAUGGCCACCAUCAUGCCUAUUGUCAGGGAACACAUGCUGGAAGCCCAGCAGGCUCAGAAAAACAGUUAUAACCGUAAUGCUAGAGUCAGAGUGUUCCAACCUGGAGACAGGGUAUUGGUUCUGGUCCCUACUGUGGAGAAUAAGUUCCUUGCGACUUGGCAUGGACCCUAUGAAAUAAUAGAGAAAGUGAGCGAUGUCAAUUAUAAAGUCAGACAACCAGGAAGAAGAAAGCCUGAACAGUUGUAUCAUAUAAAUCUGUUAAAGCCAUGGAAGGACAGGGAGGUCCUGGUUGCUUUAAAACCUUCAGAACCUCCUAUAGUAGAGCCAGAGGUGAACGUAUCUGAGACUCUGUCUGUACAUCAAAAGCAAGAGGUCAGAGAUUUCAUCAGAAGAAAUAGGGAUGUUUUCUCGGUAGUUCCAGGAAAGACUAAAGUGAUUAAACAUGACAUAAUAACCGAACCAGGGAAAAGAGUUAACCUCAAACCCUAUAGAAUUCCUGAGGCCCGGAGGGAGGUUAUAAACUUAGAGGUUGAGAGCAUGUUAAAACUUGGAGUCAUUGAAGAAUCCCAGAGUAACUGGAGUAGUCCUAUUGUAUUGGUGCCAAAACCUGAUGGCACAUGGAGGUUCUGCAAUGACUACCGCAAGUUAAACGCCAUCUCAAAAUUUGAUGCUUACCCAAUGCCAAGAGUUGAUGAGUUAAUAGAAAGACUGGGCAAAGCUCGUUAUCUAACAACCUUGGAUUUAACAAAGGGUUACUGGCAGGUCCCGCUCACUGAAAGAGCCAAAGAAAAGACAGCCUUUUCAACACCCAGUGGCCUGUUUCAGUACACUGUAUUGCCAUUUGGGUUACAUGGGGCACCUGCCACAUUCCAACGAAUGAUGGACAGAAUUCUUAAACCUCAUGUUCGUUAUGCUGCAGCAUACUUGGAUGAUGUCGUCAUCCACAGUGCAGACUGGGAAUCCCACCUCCCUAAAGUUCAAGCGGUACUUGAUGCUAUCCGCUCAGCAGGCUUAACUGCCAAUCCUUCCAAGUGUACGAUUGGUUUAGAGGAAGCUAAGUACUUAGGUUAUUCUAUUGGGAGGGGUUUGGUUAAACCACAGGAAGCCAAAGUAGAAGCCAUACAAAAAUGGCCACAGCCCCUUACAAAGAAACAAGUAAAGGCAUUUUGGGGUUUAAUUGGAUAUUAUAGGCGGUUCAUUCCAGAUUUUGCUACCAUUGCUGCACCCCUAACAGACCUUAUUAAAGCAAAAUCCCCAGUCAUAGUUAAAUGGUGCCCUGAGGCAGAAAAGGCUUUUAAGAGUCUGAAGGAAGCUAUCUGUAGCCAUCCUGUCUUGGUGACCCCAGAUUUUUCCAGGGAUUUUAUAGUUCAGACAGAUGCUUCUGAUGUGGGCUUGGGGGCUGUUCUUUCACAGGAAUACCAGGGUGAAGAACACCCUGUUUUCUUUUUGAGCAGAAAGUUAAACCCACAUGAGAAGAACUACUCUAUUGUUGAAAAAGAGUGUCUUGCUAUUAAGUGGGCAUUAGACUCUCUUAAAUACUACCUACUAGGCAGAAAGUUCCGAUUGAUAACGGACCAUGCUCCUCUGACGUGGAUGUAUCAGAACAGGGAAAGUAACUCCAGAGUAACCAGAUGGUUUUUGAGUUUGCAAUCUUUUAAUUUCACUGUGGAACACAGGGCUGGUCUGCAACAAGGUAAUGCUGAUGGGCUUUCGAGGGUUCACUCCCUGAUUUCCAUGGUCGCUCAAACCCAUGGGUAUGAGCUGGGGGGGAGGAUAUGUGAGCGUAAAGGUGGAAUAGUGGUUGAUGGGAGAUACAUCAGACCUGAUUUGCUAAACAGCAACCAGAGGAUUUUUCAGUUAAAUGCCCCAGGGAGAGAUGUUAAAGUUUGCAAUAUGCAUAGCUGAUGCUCUGCAAAACAUGGUAUGGGUCCCUGGGGCGGAGUAUUUGGAGAGCAGGGUGGGCCAAUGCUCCAACAGCACUAGUUGCUGUAUAACAGACCACAGCUUGGAUCUGAUUUUAAGAGUUAACUAAUUGGCACUCACCUGUAGCUACUCAAUUAGUAGACAGGCCUUUAAAAGAAGAGAGCAGCCUGCUGCAGAGUGAGGGAGAAAAAGACAGCUAGGAGAGAUUGUGUUUAUUGCAAAGACAUUGCUUUUGUUUGGAAAAUUGGUAAGUGGGAAAGCCACCCAAUUGCAGAUAGCAAUUACUGUCUAGUAAGAGCUCAAGUAAGAGCAAGGGAUUUUGUUUGUUUUUGUUAUUAUUUAAAGUACCUGCUUUCUUACUGAAUAAAAAGGAAAACUGAGCUGAAGGUGUCCUGGACUUUGUAUACCCUAGAAGGCUGUGGUUACUGCAAGAUCGGUGACAAUCCUACCUGUAAAAGAGGUGGUUUGUUACACCAGACACAAUAAACUAAAUAAAUCAAGAAAUUAAACAUAAACUAUCCAAAAAAUCCAAUCCACGAUUGGGGUAUCCCAGAGUCACUUACGAUACUACCCGCUAAGUUGUUAAGACUCAACAACACAUACAAGGGAGGGGAGGAUAAAACCACUAUAUCCCCUAGAUUAAUUAAUACAAAUCACCAAAAGUGUUAACAUAUUAAUAAAUAUAGAAAUAAACACCACCGGCGUCUUAAUAUCAUGGACACAAAAAAAAGAACUACAUUCCUAUACAUGUUGAACAUUUAAAAAAAAAAAAUGAAACUAUAUAACAUAGUGAUGGUUACUCGAUGCUUGUCAUAUCUAUACUGAAAUAUGUUUCAUUUUAUUAUGUAUAAUAUUUUAUUGUGAUGUCUUUGUGUAAUUGUAUGCAGAUUUAGGAAUGUUAAUAUCUAUGAAUUAAUAUUAAAAAAAAAUUAAAAUAAAUAUAUAUGUGGACCUUUUUAACCCCUUAAGGACCAAACUUCUGGAAUAAAAGGGAAUCAUGACAUGUCACACAUGUCAUGUGUCCUUAAGGGGUUUUAAACAGAACUUGUAAUAUAAUCUGUGCCAGACAGACUCUAUGAUCUGAAAAUGAAAGAAAUGAAAGAAAGAGGCUUUUUGCAUGCCUGAAUGGGCAGUUUAAAAAGAACUUAUGGUCGUGGAGUAAAUGUAUUCCCGAAAGCAAAGGACAAGUGAGGAACGGUUAAUAUAACUCGACCUAUAUUUUUUCACAUACUUCAACUUGGUAUUGUACAAAAAAAAGUGACGUUGCCAAGAUCUGGAGUGUAUCACGAGGCAUGAAAUAUUGAUUUUCUGCUGUGCCUCUGUGCACUGCCUUUUCAUUCACGGUAAUCACAACAGUAGGGAUUUCAUUGUUGGUGUUUGGAGGGGAUUAGAGGACCAUGAAUUCAGAGAAUCAGCAAAUGGAAUAACUAUAGAGUUUUUAUGUAUCUUCAGCGCUUACAUCAUGGUUAUUUUACAUGAGUGAUUGGUUUAUAGUAAAGGUGCGCGCAGAUGGACUGAAAAGUUUUAGUGCUCCCAGUGUUAAAAUGGAGAUGCUACGCAUUUGUCAAUGAAGGAGAGGUAUGCGUGUGCCAGGUCAUUUGUGCAAAGUGAAUUGAUCUACAUGCAAAUAAAUAUGAGUUAUUACCCAUCCCCAUGCUUCAUAGAACAUUCACUUAGGCAUUUUAUAUAGAAGGAAACGCAGAGAAUACCGAACAACUUGAAAAUAACAUUUGGAUUCAGAAGUCGUGUAGCUCUAAAACUAUACCAAGUUUUUUUCUUUGAACUUGUGUUUUUUUUUAAAAUAAUAUUCUUCACAAAAAAAAAUUGCCUGCUAGAGAUGUUGAAUAAAAGAAAAUACUUUAAAAGACGUGUUUUUCUAAAAACGUUUAUUAAUCCUACUCUCAUUGUUGUUUGAUACGUGUUUGCGAAAUACAGCUGCUGAAUUGUCACCGGAGCAAUGAAUUAUGCCUGCAGUACCGUAUAUGCAGACUAGGUGCUAACCAUAGUUUGGAAAGCUGACACCAAGCUUCUGGAUUGAACAGUUAACAUAGCUUUAGGUGCGUUCGAUCAAAGCAGUGAAAAAAAAAAACACGACAGUUUAUGAUGGAGAAUUUAACACGUGCAAAGCUACAAUUUGUGCAAAACGCAACAAAUGCACCAACGCUAUAAAUAUUGCUCGUUGAUGCGACAGGUGUAAAAAUUAUGUGAUUUGACUAGUGUAUAGUAACACGAACAGUUGUCAUACAAAUUCAGUUCCUUUUUCUGUUUUGGAUUUUUUCAUUAAAUUAAUAUAAUCAUUACCAUUAUUGUAAUUGUUGUUUAUAAAUUACAAGCAUAUUCUACGGUGCAGUGCAAGCAGUAAAUUACUCAUGCAAGUAGUUAUAAAAAAGCAAGCACGGCACAUAGAAACAUAGACAUAGAAACAUAGAAUGUGACUCAGAUAAGAACCAUUCGGCCCAUCUUGUCUGCCCAAUUUUCUAAAUACUUUCAUUAGUCCCUGGCCUUAUCUUAUAGUUAGGAUAGCCUUAUGCCUAUCCCACGCAUGCUUAAACUCUUUACUGUGUUAACCUCUACCACUUCAGCUGGAAGGCUAUUCCAUGCAUCCACUACCCUCUCAGUAAAGUAAUACUUCCUGAUAUUAUUUUUAAACCUUUGCCCCUCUAAUUUAAGACUAUGUCCUCUUGUUGUGGUAGUUUUUCUUCUUUUAAAUAUAGUCUCCUCCUUUACUGUGUUGAUUCCCUUUAUAUAUUUAAAUGUUUCUAUCAUAUCCCCCCUGUCUCGUCUUUCCUCCAAGCUAUACAUGUUAAGAUCCUUUAACCUUUCCUGGUAAGUUUUAUCCCGCAAUCCAUGAACCAGUUUAGUAGCCCUUCUCUGAACCCUCUCUAAGGUAUCAAUAUCCUUCUGAAGAUACGGUCUCCAGUACUGUGUACAAUACUCCAAGUGAGGUCUCACCAGUGUUCUGUACAAUGGCAUGAGCACUUCCCUCUUUCUACUGCUAAUACCUCUCCCUAUACAACCAAGUAUUCUGCUAGCAUUUCCUGCUGCUCUAUUACAUUGUCUGCCUACCUUUAAGUCAUCAGAAAUAAUCACCCCUAAAUCCCUUUCCUCAGAUGUUGAGGUUAGAACUCUAUCAAAUAUUCUGUACUCUGCCCUUGGGUUUUUACGUCCAAGAUGCAUUAUCUUGCACUUAGGAAUUAGAGGUGGAAAUGGUCCGUGAUAGCAUGCCAGUCACCAGAGGCCAGAUAUAGCCAUUUUAGCCAGCAGUCCAGGUUGUCCUCCAGUCUGCAUUAUUAGUUUCUGCUAUUUAAACAAGGUGCAAAAAUCCAAUCUCCUAGUUUUCUAAGCUCCAUUUUACUGAAAUAUUAUUUCUAUGUUGCUAUGAACAGAUAAUACAUAUGUUAGGAUUGGGUACUAUGUAGACAUCAAAAUGUCUGUACACGUAGUGGAUGGAGGAGCAAGGUAUUUUCUCCUAAGAAUAUACGAGAUGCUAAUUAUUGAGAAAUGGAAUUUGCUAUAGCUGUUAUAUAAAUUCAUCAGUCAACUUUUACCAUCGUAGAGGGAAAGAAAGGACUCAGGGCUAUUCACUAACAAGAGAAUUCAAAGUGAAUUUCAAAUGGAAGGGCAAAGUAUCUGAUCAGGAAGCAUUGUUUAAUCUUACCAGUUGGGCUAUUUUUAACUCGAGUUUGAAAUUCACUUUGAAUUCCCUUUAAAUUCUAACUUUAGUAAAUAACUCUGUACACCUCUGUUGAAUCAGUACAACUCAGGAAACAAGACAUUUCAAAAUUGAGCUACUGACUUGAGCAUAGCGCAGGGACGUCCAGCAUCAGUUAGGCGACCAAAAGUCACCUAACAGCCCAGAAGUCCCUCUUGUGGCUGUCUGUAGCCGCCUACAAUGAGCUGAGGUGGUCUUGGUGCUUAUAGUGUCCCUCUAAACCAGUUAGCAGAAAUUUAGCUUGGAUUUUAGCCUUUAGCUUGGACUUUAACUGAUUUGUGAAUCAGUAACCCAUAUGUUUGUGUUAAUCAUUAUUGAGUAAUCAUGGAAUGUAAAAGUAGUCUCUUGACGCUAUCCAUCAGGUUAUGGACAGUUUAAUAUAAACCGAGGGUCUUCCCUUCACUAAGGGUCUUCUCCUAUCUAAUGUAGCAUUAACACUUCUGCAUUAUUAGUGUCAAUUUCAUCCAAUAUGACUAAUAGAAAUAUAAAUCCCUGGGUUAAAUAUUAAUUUCGCAUUAUGAAUGUGGCCAAAAUGGAGGCAAUUCCUAUGAUGGGAAGACCCUUAGCAUACAUCCAACUUUUUCUAAGUGGUUUUAUAUUAAGUGGAGUGAAGUUACCAAGGGACCAAAUGUUACAAAAUCUAAAAUGUUGUGCAGCACACUAGGGAAUACUAAAUAGUAUUCACACUGGAGCAUAUUAUGAAAAGACCCCAGCAUGUGACUAUGCUGCAUGCAGUAAGCUGGCCACAAGGUUCUAGGAAAUGUGAGUUUUACUCUCCAUUGUGUCCAUCGCCCCUCAUCAUUCUGCUUUCUUCGUUAGCUCCUGGUGCAUUAUCUGCCAGGAGCCAACGUUAGUGCUGAGAGAACAACACUAAUGUCUAUGCUUUUUUCUACUCGUGAUGACUGAGGGCUUGACAAAGCUUGACAGUGGUAGCUAUGCCCUUUAUCAAGUUUUCUCAAGCAUAGGAAAAAUACAUAAGAUAAAGUAGUCAAUAAUUUGCCUUAUAAUAUCUCUUGAUUGGGUGUGAAUUUCAAUGAAAUUCCAAACACAGUCUUCAUGCACUUUUCAUAAAGAUUUUAGUUUUAUGAAAUGCACAUUUGUUUUUUUUUUUGUUUUUUUGGGAGGGCGAGUGGGGUGGUAGGGACUCUUUUAAUGUGCAGUAAAUACUAACAGAGACCAAGCUUUGUAGCCACCUAAUAACAGGUAACAUGGGUUCAGAGAGGUCUUUUGGUGCCUUGGAGAGAUGUUUACCAGGUGACUAGUAAAUAUUGGUCACAUGUAUGUUUCUAUAUCUUAUAUCGUCCCCAAACCUCUUUGUCCCUUGUCUCAGCUUCAGGGAUCUGUGUUAUACUGUUAGCAUGCCAUACCUUGCCUCUUUGUAAAAAGAAACAUUUUUGCACUAUUUCUCUAUACUCAUGACGUGGUUCUCAAAGACGCAAUAAGAGCAGAGUAAAACAUCUGAUUGGGAAACACAUCUGGAGCCUGUUGAAUAGGUAUUUCAAAUCUAAUAUAAAAUACAAAGAUAUGCUUCUGGCGGGGGGGGGUAUAUUUUAGGAUGGCUUUAAAAAUGGAAACAGAAGGUGCUUGAUGUGUUUUGAGUGGCAGAGAAAGGGAGAGAUGUCCGAGAAACGUUAAAACAUAAGCAGGCUGUGGAACUAAAUGCCUUUUGAAUGUAUUUCAUCAUUUAACCUGUUAAUGUGCUUUAAGUAUCGGUCCUUUUUUAUCAAAAUUCAUUGUUCAUUUCCAUGCCAUUUUCAAAUGGCUUCAUCUAUGUGUGGUGUGCUCUGUAAUGUAACUAAAGGACAAUAGUCUACAGAAAUGGAUUGUCAUGGUUAAUACAACUGGGGUAGGAACCAUUUAGCAGAAUAUGAAGUUCAGAGAAACCUCAGUAGCUUGCCCUUCGAUUAGUCACAGCUUUUGCUCAUUCUGCUGUUGCAGAGAGAACAUAUAUUAUUUGCCAUAUCGGAUUGAUCUCAGCCAUAAGGGCUGUCCAGAUCUAAAAUGCAAAUUUGCUCUGCACAAGAGAUAGAACAAGCACGGACGAUCAUUUCAGCCUUCCUUGAGCUAUUAUUGACGAGGUAUGUCCGAGGUAUAUAAUAUCCCUCUUGGCAUAGUGAACAUGAGUCCAUGUCUGGAUUACCCUUUUAGUAAGUAAAGGGGAGAGAAUGAGACACAUGGAGGGGUGGGGGAGGAAAUGACACACAUGGAGUGGGUGAGGUAGGAAAUGACACACAUUAAGGCCCUGGGGGAGGGAAUGACACACAUGGAGGGGUGGGGGGUGGAUGAAACAUGGAGGGGCUAAGGGGGAAAGAGACACUUGGAGGGACUGGGGGGGUAAGAAACAUGAAGAGGCUCUGGAGGAAUGAGACACAUUGAGGGGCUAUGGAACAUUGAGAAGCAUGGCGAGGCUAGGGGGAAGGGAAUGAGACGCCUGGCAGGGCUGGAAGGGGAUUAGACACAUGUGGGGGCAGGACAAUUUUCGCACUGUUUCCCAGUGAUUUCUAGUUACGCCUCUGCACUAGCCUUAUUUUUACCCCCAAUGUAUUUACCCUGCUGCUUAAUUCCAUGUUAACAGAGAGAACCUAAAGUGGGAUUCUGCAAACUAGGGCCAUGAUGUUUCAAAGAAACCCCUUGUACCAUUGAAGUGUAUCUACAAGAGAACAAGGAACACGCAUUGGAUAUCCUGCAGAAUCAAUAGAAUCCUAACUGGAUUACAAAACCCAAUCUAAAGAGAAAUUGUAAACCCCAGAGUACUGGCUAGUAUUUAUUUUCAUAUCCAUUCACACACCUUGUGACAGAUGUGACAUUUCUCCAAUUAUAAUUAAAACCUCCUUCCUGGGGUCUCUGCUUUUUUUCCUCUUAGUUAUUCAUAUGGUUCACCUUACACAUUUCACGUAACAACAGAACAUGAUGUAAAUAUAUAAAACUAGAAUUGAAAAAGCAAACUAGUACAUCCACAAUAACGUCUGUGGAACUGAUUUAAUAUCAAUAAUCUUGAUUUUUGUGUUUUAUCUUUAUCUUGUUUUCCUGUGCAACAGACAUUGGAUUUUACUUAAAAUUCAUAAUCCGUAAAACCUUUCCUUAACGUACCCUCCCAAAACCUCCAGUUUAUCCAGGUUCUUCUGCAAGAGAAAUUACAGCCUGUGCUGAUUUUAUAACCUUGCAUAAUUUAGUGUCAUCAGCAAAAAUAAAGUCUUUGCACUUCGUGUCUACCUCAAGGUCAAUAAUAAACACGUUAAGAAGCACUGGCUCCUGUAUUAAAUCUUGAAGCUCCCUGCUUCCAAUUCUAGUUAAAUUUCCAGGUCUGCUAUUUAUGGCCUAUCAUUUAACCACUUCUCAAUCUAUGUGCAAAUAUUGGCACCAAAACCAAUUUUCUUUAUACCUCAACUUAGUUAAUGGCACAAUAUAUAAAUAGGUGAUGUCAAACUCUCUAGCUUGAAUAAAAAAAAGAAAAGUUUUUUUAUGUUUUUUUUAAUAUAAUGGAGUUCUAAAGGUGCUUCAAACACAGUCUUGAUGCACAUAUUAACUCACAUUACCAGAUGUGGUCUGUUGCUUUUUAAGGGGCCAUAAAAAUUGGAACCCCUACUAAUUAUAACCUAGGACUGGUCAAAGGGUGGCCAUGAUUUUAUUUAUAUAGUGGUAUUAAUCAACCUUCUUACCAGACUGAAUGGCAAUGCACAAACGCCAUCUAUGCAAUCCCACAUUUUGGGAAACGUAACCUGCCCAUUUAGUGCAAGCCCAUGGGCGUCCGCAGGGGGGGGGGGGCAAAGGGGGGAACUUGCCCCCCCCCCCCGGAUCUUUCAGCUUGUACUGCUAUUUUCUGUGUGAGAUUGAAAAUACAGUGCAAUACCGGCACCGGCCAGCUGUGUAUGGAGAGAGACAGGGAUAGGAUGCUACAGCUUAUCCCUGCUUCUCUCUCCUGACUGAAACCACAGGGGAGCAGCACAGAGUGCAGCCAGCAACUGCAGAGACAGACUACAGAUCAGGUAAGUGAGGCAUGGUGGGGGGCAGCCUAUAGAUCAGGGAAGUGAGGCAUAGGGAGGACAACCUAUGGAUCAGGGAAGUAAGGGAUAGGGAGGGCAGCCUACAGAUCAGGUAAGUGAGGCAUAGGGUGGGGGGCAGCCUAUGGAUAAGGGAAGUGAGGCAUAGGGGGCAGCCUAUGGAUCAGGGAAGUGAGGCAUAGGGGGGCAACCUAUAGAUCAGGAAAGUGAGGCAUAGGGGUAGCCUAUGGAUCAGGGAAGUGAGGCAUAGGGGCAGCCUAUGGAUCAGGGAAGUGAGGCAUAGGGGCAGCCUAUGGAUCAGGGAAGUGAGGGAUAGUGGGCAGCCUAUAUAUCAGGGAACUGAGGCAUAGAGAGGCAGCCUUUAGAUCAGGGAAGUGAGACAUUGUGGGGCAGCCUAUAGAUCAGGGAAGUGAGGCAUGGGGGGCAGCAUAUAUAUCAGGGAAGUGAGGCAUAUGGGGCAGCCUUUAGAUCAGGGAAGUGAGGCAUGGGGGGAAGCCUAUAGAUCAGGAAAGUGACGGAUGGGGGCAGCCUAUAGAUCAGGGAAGUGAAGCAUGGGGGAAGCCUAUAACUCAGGGAAGUGAGGCAUAGGGGGAGCCUAUGGAUCAGGGAAGUGAGGCAUAGGGGGACAGCAUAUAGAUCAGGGAAGGGAGGCAUAGGGGGGAGCCUAUAGAUCAGGGAAGUGAGGCAUAGGGUGUAGCCAAUAGAUCAGGGAAGUGAGGCAUGGGGGCAGCUUAUAGAUCAGGGAAGUGAGGCAUAGGGGGAGCCUAUGGAUCAGGGAAGUGAGGCAUAGGGGGACAGCAUAUAGAUCAGGGAAGGGAGGCAUAGGGGGGAGCCUAUAGAUCAGGGAAGUGAGGCAUAGGGUGUAGCCAAUAGAUCAGGGAAGUGAGGCAUGGGGGCAGCUUAUAGAUCAGGGAAGUGAGGCAUAGGAGGGGCAAUCUAUAGAUCAGGGAAGUGAGGCAUAGGGGGGCAGCCUAUAGAUCAGGGAAGUGAGGCAUGGGGGGCAGCCUAUAGAUCAGGUAAAGACAAAGGUAAAGUUGGAGAAGUAGCAGAAAUGGGUAGCAAGGAGCACAAAGGGACAGUAAGGAGUACAAAGGUAAAUUGGGAGAAGGAGCAGAAAGGGUCUGCAAGAAACAGAAAGGGGACUAAAAUAAGCAGAAAGGAGCAGAAAGAAGAUCAGGGAAGUGAGACAUAGGGGGGCAGCCUAUGGACCAGGGAAGUGAGGCAUAGGGGGGCAGCCUAUAGAUCAGGGAAGUGAGGCAUGGGGGGCAGCCUUUAGAUCAGGGAAGUGAGGCAUUGGGAGGCAGCCUAUAGAUCAGGAAAGUGAAGGAUGGGGGCAGCCUAUAGAUCAGGGAAGUGAGGCAUGGGGGAAGCCUAUAAAUCAGGGAAGUGAGGCAUAUGGCCGGCAGCCUAUAGAUCAGGGAAGUGAAGCAUGGGGGGCAGCCUAUAGAUCAGGGAAGUGAUGCAUAGGGAGACAUCCUAUAGAUCAGGUAAGUAAGGCAUGGGGGCAGCUUAUAGAUCAGGGAAGUGAGGCAUAGCGGGGCAGCCUAUGGAUCAGGGAAGUGAGGCAUAGGGGGACAGCCUAUAGAUCAGGGAAGGGAGGCAUAGGGGGAGCCUAUAGAUCAGGGAAGUGAGGCAUAGGGGGCAGCCUAUAGAUCAGGGAAGUGAGGCAUAGGAGGGGCAAUCUAUAGAUCAGGGAAGUGAGGCAUAGGGGGGCAGCCUAUAGAUCAGGGAAGUGAGGCAUAGGGGGCAGCCUAUAGAUCAGGUAAAGACAAAGGUAAAGUUGGAGAAGGAGCAGAAAUGGGUCGCAAGGAGCACAAAUGGACAGUAAGGAGCACAAAGGUAAAGUAGGAGAAGGAGCAGAAAGGGUCUGCAAGAAACAGACAGGGGAGCAAAAUAAGCAGAAAGGAGCAGAAAGGUAAAGGAGCAGAAGGAGCCAAGGAGGAGAGAAGACAGUGUCAGAACAAAAAGAAGACUGGGUCAAAUGAAGGAGAAGAAAAGGAGAUUGGAGCAGGAAGGACAAGUGAAGUGAAUUCUCCACUUUAUUCUGGACACCACAUCAUAAGGGAAACUUUGGACCUUCUCAUCUCCCCAGGUAAAAAAAAAAAAAAAUAUAUCAGUGUUAAUGUGUUCACUUUUAUUUACUGAGUGCCGCUGGGUAGAGGUGUCGCUGAUUGGCUAGAGUGGUCAGCUGGCACUCUAAGCCAAUCAGUAGCUCCCCAUUCAUAAAAAAGCAAAACAUUUUUAUGAACCGGGAACUAGCGAUUGGCUUAGAGCGUCAACUCUAGCCAAUCUGCAGCACCCAUGCCUGACGUCAAUCUGCACUUACUGACACUCCGUUUCAGAAGCCGAAUACCACUGAGCGACCUGGAGAUCUGGAGCUGGACGAAGCCUUUGGGGUUAAACCAUUUGAGAGAGGUUUAACUCCAUAAAGGAAAGAAAGCACUCAGGGGCUUCCUGGCAUCAUAGCAUUUUCAUUUAGAUGAAGUUGUUAUGGUGACCAGAAUGUUCCUCUAUUUUGCUUAAAGGAACACUAUAGUGUCAGGAAUACAAACAUGUAUUCCUGACACCAUAGUUGUGAAAACGCUGUUCACCCUGGCUUUAUGUGAUAAUGACUAUGCCACUGUCAAAAAGGGACCAGGCAUGGAUGUCAUUACAAUUAUGCCCCCCUGGAAAAAUUCCUGUGGACGCCCAUGUGCAAGCCAUCCCUCUUUCUGUACUGAAAAUAAUUAAAUAAAUCUCUCAAUUCACCCUAAAAGUUACAUCGACACCGUGGUCUAACCACUAUUGUCUACCUGAACCAACUCUCCCUACUAAAGUUAUAAAUAAACACCUAAAAAUCAAUAACCAUAGUGAUACCAAGUGCAGAGAUUAAAGAAAAAGAAAACGCUCGACGCGCGUUUCAGCGUGUUCAAAACGCCGUCGUCAGAAGCCACUACCUUCCUCAGGAGCCACUACCUUCCUGUCAGUCAGACACUAGGGGAACUGGAACUUAGAUGCUAGCUAGUACUCCAGACAAUUGAUCCCCUGGGCACUGUUUAGUAGAUCUCCCUUUUUUUCAAGUUAUACUCUUUGUUUGCAUAUCCCUUUUUAUCCUUAGAUUGAUUAAAGGUAGGGCCUCCCUUCCUCAUUUCUUAUACAGUGGAGCUCUCCUGAUUUUGGUUUCCUCUUGUGGGACUCUACACAUCACCUACUCCUAUUACCUACAAUUGUGACACUCACUUCCCCAUUGAUGGCGCUUUUGGUGGUGGACAAGGGUCAUUUGGGCACUCUCACCAGUCUGGGACCACACAACCCCAUACUUAGCUAACUUGCUUUUUCAAGGGAACACUAGCAGCCAGUGGGCAUAUAGUUUGGAUUUUCUAAAUCUGAGCCUAGAUUUGAAGAAUCCAAGAGCAGUCGGUCGAGCUAAGAGCCGGACCAUAUUCAAACUUAUUUGGAACCUUCUCUGCAAAACCCAGACAUUAUUAAAUAACGUGAACAGUGUCCGGAUUUUGCAAUUCGAAUAGGCCAGUACAGCGCUGGAUGGUUUUGCCCUAUUCGGUACGGGGCCAUUCGGAGUUUAGUGAAUUACUGUAAUUUUCCUUAAAAUCAAGUGACUUGAAAAAAGUAAACCAAAAUAAUAGUAAUAGGACAAACAUAUCCCAUUGUGCGCAAAUGUGAAAAUAUGCAAUUAGAUGGCUACAUUUUUCUUUGUAGAUUUUGUGUUCCUUCUGAGUCAAAUAUAGAUUUAUUUAAAAAAGCUCUGUCACCUAUUUUCCCUACCAAUCAAUUUUUCUCUUAAUAUGCAUGGAAAAUUUCAACUUGCAAUCAUUUUUCUUAUUUGGCUUCUGCUCCGGUAGACCUUUUGUAUCUCUUUACUGCACACCUUCUGCUUCAGAAUGAAGAUUUUCCCCACAUAGCAAGUAAAGAGGAUGCAUUGAAAUACUUUAAACACUUUUAAUUUCUGGCUGUUCUCAUGCACCAAGCUAUUAUUUAUGUAUUUAAAAGCCCACUACAGGCAGCAAAACCACCUAGCGUCUGUGAGGUGGUUAUAAUGUGCAAGUCCACCAGCACAUCCUUAACUUUAUUUGUUACAUUUCAAAUAGUUUAACACUUAAAAUAGCCCUGCCCCCUCCCUCUCCCCUUUCCCCCCAUUGCUAGCACAAUGAAAAAGCAUUUAUUGUGUUUGCCAUGGCAGGCACCCUUUAAGUUACAAUACAAGUCAAGGUUAAUAUCAACGCCAAAUCAUGUUCUCUGCACAUGUACAUAUAAGUGUUGGGGGAGGAUGCCCUGUUUUGGGGGGCUGGGAGGGGGUAGGGUCCCUCACAUUCCAUAUGCCUGAGGAAUCUUCCAAGACUGUGCUUUUGGCAUGUACUGCCCUGUUUGACUGUCUGGACACAGAUGUGAUUACAUUACAUAAUGAACAUUUCUUACCGAACACUUUUUAUAUCACAGUUGUAUAUUAUUUUAGUAUAUGGACAUUUUAUAUUCAUAGGAACCUUGUAUAGCAGGAAUACUUGAAAUGUCUGUGUUGUUUCCAACUGUUUUGUUCCCUGCACUGACAGCUCUACCCGAAGAAUGUGUUAAUUCUAACGAGACCACUUUGCCACCUAACACUGACCUCAUUUUUUUGAACUAGAUCAUUCUGAGAAUAAUAUGUGGCUGCAUAUUUACUAUAGCAAUUGUUUUUGUUUUUGUCCCCAUGUUUGUUUAUAUUUACACAGAGAGACAGACACACAAAUUCGGUUUGACAAUCUCAAACCAUAGUGUUUUUUUUGUUUGUUUUUUAAAGUUUGUAUUAAACCUAGAACAGCUCUGGAUCUAAUGUUCUUUUACUACCUGGAUGGUACUAUACCUCAUAAGUGUCCCUAUUUAGGAAGGAUAGUCCGUAUUGUGGGCCCAAAUCCCUCUGUCCCUCUUUUCUAUCCUAAUGUUCCUCUUUACUAGGAGCUUCAUAUUGUCGGUGUGUCCGAGUGUAUAACAAUCCUCCACAGUAACAAUAUACAGUAACAUGUUUUUAAACAACAAUAAAUGUGUUUAGAAAUCGCUAUGUUGUUGUUCUAAAUUAUAUAUUGGUUGUUAAUCUUUUUAUUAUUUAUAAAGCGCCAACAAAUUAUGUAGUGCUGUACAAUAGGUGGACUAACAGGCAUGUAUUUAAACAAGACAAGCUGGACGCACAGGAAUAGAGGGUAUUAAGGGCCCUGCUCAAACGAGCUUACAUUUUAGAUCAGGGAUUCCCAAAAGGUAGUACCCGAGACCUAGUAAAAUGACAACUCCCAUGAUACAUUGCAUACCUUUAGAAAGACAAGGCAUCAUGGAAGCUGUAGUUUUAAAACAAGCGACACCGGUCAGUGGGGCAGGGCAUAUCGAGAGGAGGCAGGAUCUUCAGGACGGGGCGAGGCCUCGCACAGAACACUCCGCCUAUCUACAGAGCACUUGUAAGGUCCGCACAUCUCCUCCCUCUCACCUCCUCCCCUCCGAGGGUUGGCCCUGCCCAGAAGGAGCACCCAGUAUGAAAGUUAGUGCAUGCACACAUUUGCUGUAUAUAUCUCUACACCAUCAAGGUUUUUCACCAAAGUGAGAAUUGGCAGGAAUUACAAAUUUACAGUUUAAAUAGCCAAAGUCUGCAGCACUUUAAAUGAAUGUGAGCAUGUGAUAAAGGAAGAUGCUAAUUUGCUUACGACUCUAUUAAAGCCUCGCUUUGCAUUACUAUACCUCUCAAUGUCAAAAGACACAUUUUUAUUUUCUUAGUUUUUGUAAAUAUUUUUGGAUAUACAUUAUUUCUAUGUCUGAAUAUAGUGUAUAUGUGCACUUAUUAUACAUUGGGUUCUGGGCAUUCCUUAGAAUGGGGAAUUUGUUGGUGUUAAUAGCUAUCAAAGCCCUAACGGCACUCUCUGAGUUCCAUCCUGUGAAUUGGAAAUGUUACAUUUAAAAUAUAUAUAUAUAUAUAAGUUAUUCCUGGUAUCUCUUCAAAAGUUUAACUUCUUCCUCAAACUCCUAAUUGUAUCCCUGACAUUUGUGAAAAUGACCAUUUUUAUCACACUUCUUUUUCUGUUUUUUUUUUGCUUGUUUCUAAAAUGCUAUACUAAUGAAUAAUGGAUUUUGAAUUUAGUUCUACAUUAGAGCUCUAGUGCCUUCUAGUGGCUAUUAAGUAAUAUUACACAAACUAUGAAAAUAUUCUCGAAAGUCAAUUUGAACUGUGAUCACACAAAUUCUUCCAAAAUAAAGAUAAUUAAUUGAACAUAAUGACCAUAUAUUUGAUCAUUAUGUUUGUGCUAAUGAUCCAAUUUUAAGGUUACUAUAAUUUGAAGCCUCACUCUUUGCAAAAUGAAAACAUAUAUAAAUAUAAAAAAUAUAGUCAGAAUCAUAUUGUAUGAGUACUAAAUGAAGUAUAUUCACGUGUCAAUUAUCAGACAUAUAAUAUGCUCUAAAACACCCAUAAUCAUUUAUCUUUAAUUGAAAUGAAGAAGCUAGGAUAAUAUAUUAUCUCCAUUUGUUUAAACAUACAUAGGGAUUAUGGAGAGAGCGCAGGUAACUUUUUUUUCUUUAGUUUUUACUAUAUGUAUUUUGGCUGAUGUGUACUGUGGUCGUUGCUGCCGCCCAAGAGUGAUGGGAGUGAGCCGAGGACUUUUCUUUUUGUAUUUGUAUUCACCUUUUGUAUGACACAUCUAGGAUACAAUGCUGCCGACCAUCCCAUGUGUUCCCUAUUAAGGGUUAAUAAGCAUAUAGGGGUGUAUAUAAAAAAUUAGAGAUAUUUUUGCCAGAAGCUCAAGGAAGUAAGCUGAAAGGUCAGAGUAGGACCCAUCUAGGGGGGCUGCCUUGAUGUUGGCAGGUGGGCAUUCCCUCCAGUGGCCAUUGGAGUAACUAAAUGACUUCCAUUUGUUUAAAUAUACAUAGGGAUUAAGGAGAGAGCGCAGGUAACUUUUUUUCUUUGGUUUUUACUGGAUGUAUUAGCUGAUGUCUACUGUGGUCAUUGCUGCUGCCCAGGAGUGAUGGGAGUGAGCGCAGGACUUUUCUUUUUGUAUUAGGAUAAUAUAUUAGCUUUCUAAAAGAUAUAGCUCAUUAAGGUAAAAAACAGAUAUUGAGGUUUUCAGUAUUUCAUCUCACUUAUGGGAUCCCAGAACUUUCAGUAUGUCAGAUACAAUAUAACUUCUCUGGGAUAUUCUGUUCUCACUGAUUCCAUCUCAUUAUAGAGUUUUUUUUUGUGGCAGGAACGAGAAGUCAGGUGACCAAAAGUAAUGAAAAGUGAAAAUAAAUUCUGGAUGUUGUCGUAUUACCAAUUUAUUUUACGCCAACUGGCUCUUUAAGGUAGGGUUGUGUCACUCAAUUUGGAAAACAGCAGCUAUUUUUGUUCUGACAAAUAAGAAGUUACUGUUCUAAAGAAAGGGGAGCCACUGAAUAUGGGAACAUGGGGACCCAGUUUCGACAUACAACCCAGAGGUCGAGAACCACAUCAUCAUCAAGACCUAAACUAGGUAAAUAAACUUAGUAGGGCCAUACACUUUGAUGUAUUUUCUAUUUUAUGUUGUGAAGUGUCAUUGUAGUAUAUAAAUUCAUUAAAUUCCAAGUUCUUGUAUCAUUUUUUUUCAUCAUACCUCCCAACAUUGGGAGGUAUGGAAUCAUAACAGGUGGGAGCAGGCCCUGAGUGAUGCAACCUGUCCCUCCUAUCAGAGACGACACUCGUAGAUUUUAGCAGGUUUUUUUUUCCUGUCUGGGCUUUAUUUGGGCACUCUCCUCUUAUUACUAAGGAUUCUUCCAUUAGUUUACUGAUUAUAUAGCAGUCAACCUGUUGUUUGUGGGCAGUGCACUCUCUUAUGGCUGACAGAGAAAAUCAUACUAGGAGCUGGUAUUUCAUUGCCACAUGUGGAAUACCUGCCAGAUUGAUUCGGGUGGACAAGGCUCAAUAGUAAGGUUUGCCUUCUUUUCACCAACACUUUAGAAAACAAUUUGAUGUCAUUAUUAAGGAGUGAGGUUGGGCGGUAGCUUGUACAUUCUUCUGGGUUUUUGCCAACCUUGGGUUAGAUAGUAAUAGUUGCAGACAAGGUGUCAGGAUGAAACCUCCCCGACUACGUCAGUAAAUUUAGUGCUUGCUCAUAUUUGGGUAUGGAUAUUGAGCUAAACUUUUUAUAGUAUCCCAGGGAGAAACCUUCUGGGUUUUUUGAGGAAGAAGUUAAACUUUUGAAGAGAUACCAGGAAUAACUUAUAUAUAUAUAUAUAUUUUAAAUGUAACAUUUCCAAUUCACAGGAUGGAACUCAGAUAGUGCCGUUAGGGCUUUGAUAGCUAUUAACAUCAACAAAUUCCCCAUUCUAAGGAAUGCCCAGAACCCAAUGUAUAAUAAGUGCACAUAUACACUAUAUUCGGACAUGGAAAUAAUGUAUAUCCAAAAAUUCCCCUAUUCUUAUGCGAUAUGGAUUUGGGUACAAACUUGAUCAGGUAUUGGUCUAUUUGCUGAAUUUGGUCAAGUGCUGGUGUUUAAAUCUGGCUUUUGGGUAUGUUGUAUAGGGAGGAGUAAAACGUACAGAAUUCCCUAGCAAAGACCUCUUGAAAUGGAGUAGACCUUCCAUUCGGCAACUUAACACUAGACACUUGAGUGAGUUUUCUCUGCCCCUGUAGAAUCCGUGCAAGCACUCUGCUACUUUUGUAGUAUAAAAUAUACGCCCCGAGAGCUGUAAAGAUCUGUAAUGCCUGUGCAUGAGGUGUGCCGAUAAAAGUUUAUGAUGUUUUCUAUGAUAAUCUGUUUAUCUCCAUGUGUGCCAUCUUCAUUAUAUCUAUGGCAUACAAAGGAUAUUAUACAGCUUAAAUUCUAAACUUCAUCCAUGUCACAUAAUAAAUGCAUGUAUCUAGGCCAUUUUCUCUAUUUUUUGUUCUCCAGAUUAUUUUAUGAAGUUCCAAUCUCUUUAGUCCUAUUUUUAGCUUUAUUAAGCACCUUAAAGGAACAUUACCACCCCCAUAACAAUGUAAAUUAAUUUAAGUUUUAAAGUUUUUAAGUGAGGAGUGUCCGGUCACUUUCUUGGAAAUGGCUUAACUUCAAUGUUUGGGCUCAAGCACCUUGCAUCUGCCUCCUGGUUUCAAUUUCUCUCUGCAUUGCAGUAUGAGGAAGGUCUAGUUUGGCAGAUGUUGAUACACUUAUGCUCUCUCAAUGCCUAUCAACGGGUGCCCAUCUCAAUUAGCACUCAUAGAUAGGUUGAGAAGAUCAGCUUAUCAGCCGGCACUCUCAACCUAUUACUGCCUGCUACACCUGUUUUGGCGUGAGCUGGAGUAUAUUGAUAUUGGGGGCUGGGCUGCAGGCUGCCGGUGGCAGAGCACUUAUGUGAAAAGGUAAGUAAACUGUUUAGAAGUGACGUGAAGCCUGGUGCAUGUGGUCUCUACGCACCAUAAUAACUGACCUGUUUCAGUGGUUAUUGUGCCGACAGUGUUACAGUUGGCAUAUUUUAGCUGUUUCAUAUUUUUCUCAAAUAAUUUUAUUAAGGCUCAGGAGUUCACACAGAAGGUCAUAUCAGCCCAUGACAGAGAUGAUACAAGAAAUGUUUUCUAUAAAUUAUGAUGCAUUAACAGUCAUGAGGUUAAACCAAACUAAGCAGACUAGACUGAAAUAUCGGUGUAAUACGCAGCUUUCGGUUCUGCUAAUCUCCUAGUGCUGUUUCAUAUUUGCGAAUACAUGACUAAAUACCUUUUACUACCAUAAACAUACUACAUGCCGUGAGUUUGCAGGAGACCAAUGAGUAUGAUUCAUAUACACUUACAUAAGCAUAUCUUUACACAUUUAUAAAGAUAUAUUCAUUAUUAUUUUAGAUGCCUCUGUGAAGAUUAUGCAUGAGACUUUAGGGACUAUUUUGUAUAAAGCAUGACUUCUAUAUCAUUUAAAAAUAAUCAUUUACUCAACUGAACCAUGUGUCUCAAAAAUAGAAAUAUUUUCAGGACACCUGAGAUUCCGGAACUGAUUUGUGAACUGAAAAAGGGUGUGAAAAUGGGCCAAUCAGUGUGCUGCUAAAUAUAUACAAAAUAUAACAGUAUGUAUAUAUUUUACAGUGUACACCAGGCAUGUCAAAAUUGCGGACCAUGGGCCGCAUGCGGCCCACAAUGGAUAUAUUUGCGGCCUACCUGUCUGAUUCUUGUCUUCCCACCCAUGGCCACAAGAAGGCCAGCCACUCCCCCUUCCCUCCUGCUUGCAGUGCCAGAGGUGCGUGUGGCCUUUUUGAGCAGAGAAAAACAGGGCUGGAACUGGAGGACAGGCGGCUCAUCUUAAGGUAGGAGAAGAGCGGCAUGGGUGACCUUCCUGUGUAGUGUGUUAAAUUGGGAAGGGGGCAGUGUAUUUAUUUGAGGGAGAGGGCAGUGUAUUAAAUUCGGGGAGAGAGUGGGCAGUGUAUUAAUUUUAUGGGUGGGGCACUGUAUUAAUUUUGGGGGAGGGAGGGGACCGGUGUAUUAAAUUAGGGAGGGGGAUCAGUGUAUUAAUUUGAGAGAGGGGAACAGUGUAUUAAUUUGGGGGAGGGGAGUGCUGGGAGGAGGGGCAAUGUACUCAAUUAGAUUGGAGGUAGGAGGGGCAGUGUAUUAGAUUAAGGGGCAGUGUAUUAUAUUGGGUGGAGGGAAAGGGGCAGUGUAUAGGAUUUGGGGGCAAUGUAUUGGAUUUGUGGGCAGUGUAUUAGAAUAGGGGAGGGGGCAGUGUAUUAGAUUGGGUCUGCAUUGAGAUACUGAACACUCCCAAUGGAGAUGCUUAUUGGCUGCGCAGCUUUUAGCCACGUAUGGGAAAGCAUUGGAUUGGCUGAGGUCAUCAAGUUUGAUCUCAGCCAAAGUGAAGAACACACUCGUAGGACUAAAAUCAACAAGAUAAGGUCUUUUUUUUCACAUUCACCAUUUCAGUCCCAUUACCAAAAUGUUCUUAAUAUGUCAAGGUAGUUGGACUGAAUGGUUAUAAUGGUUUAUUCUUAAAAUAAAUUUGCUCUUUUGUUUACUUUGAAGCCCUACAAGUGGGAGGACAUCCAGUCUCAGCUAGGCAACUUUUUUUACACUGUACUUUUCUAAAUAAACCUACGUUUCUAUGAAAACAGAAGUUUUCUGUUUUUUUCGCGGCCCACAUAAACUUAAAGCUUGUUUAUUUAGCCCGUGUUAGCCUUUGGGUUUGACAUGCUUGCUGUACACUGAUAGAAACAUUUACUCAUCAUUUGUUUCGCAAAUUAAGUGAGAGAAAGUUACCAAUAAAGGAAAAAAGACGAGCAGUAAAAACAAAUCUAUAUACGUUUUAUAUAUUUAUUGAAUAAAUAUAGAAUUAUUAAUUUUUUUAUUUGCUGAUCCUCAUUUUUCCCCUCUAUAGCUCACUUCUUAAACUGUGAAUAAAAUCAUGAUUUAGUGACUGUCUCCUAUUAUUAUUAUUAGCAUUCAUAUUAUAUUCCAACAGAUUCCGUAGCACUUUACAAUCUUGUAAAAGGAGGGAUUUAACUAUAAAUAGGACAAUCACAAAAAACUUACAGGAACGAUAGGUUGAAGAGGACCCUGCUCAAAUGAGCUUACAGUCUCCUAGUCAUCAGUCAUCUCUUUUCCAAUUAAUCAUCUUUUUUUUUUUUUGUACACCACUGGGUGAAUCAUGACCGUGAACCAAACCUGUUCGGCAUUGCGCGGAUCAGUUGAUGUUUGAUUCUGGUGGAUUUCGGAGUUCAUGAAUUUGGCCGAAUUGCAGUUCAUCCCGAAACAAAUCUCAAGGUCUAAUGUUAACUCUUUCUGCCUUAAGUUUCACACCCCAGUUUCUCCCUCCAUGUGACAAAAGUACUGUUUAUAGAACAAUGUAUUUAUUUUCCAUAUAUGCCUCCCUGCGCCAUAUUCAUUUUUCAAGGUAGACCAGGUACCAGCCCCCCCAACUGUCCCAAUUCUUAUUAAUCUAUUAUGAAAAUAAUUGCUAGUUGCAGCCCUAUUUCUAUGGUGCUUUAUUCAAAAAGGGGUUUUAAGGGGUUAAUGUUGAUGUCCCUCCACUUAAGUAUUCAGUAAGAGAUGCUGUGUUUUAUUUACACCUUAUCAAUUAUUAUUUCCGAUUUAUUGAAUUUUUCCUUUAAAUUGUACUUGGAAGCUUAAGAAUUUUAACCAACCAAUGUCGGCUGAAAUAUGAUUUCUUAAAUCAAUGAAAGUCACGUCAUAUAACUGCAAUGGUUUGUAGAAAGUGCCUUGAGGAUUAGUUUGGGAACCACUGGUCUUAUCACUGACUUCCCAAAGCAGCUCAUUGAGAAAUCUUUGCAAGGCAGGUGGCAGGUGCUCUGUGCAAUUUCCACUGAGCUAAACAACCAGUAGCUGUGCUAUUCUAGUCACAGCACAGCAUGUUGACGUUUAUGUUCUACAUCAGGACUAACCUUAAGAUGUCCAGAUGUGGGACUGAAGUGUUAAUUAAAUAGCAGUGUGAGGUACCAAUUUACUUAAAGGGACACUCCAAACAAAAAUGACCUCUACAACUUAAUGUAGUGGAUAUAGUACAGGCGGGCUUUAAAUGAGGUGGCUCUAGUUGUGAAGCUUUUUUUAAUGUUUUUUUCAGCUUAUAAUUGCAUGGAACUAUGCUUGCGCUCUCACAGCAUACACAUAUUUUGAAUGGCUAUGGAGGUCCUUAAAUUUUUUCCCUUUAAGACCUUUGUGCAUUCGGUUAAUCUCUAUAAGUGUAUGCUCAUAUAAAAAUAAAAUUAGACUGUAAACCUGAUAUAUCAAAACGCCAUAAUAAUAAUUUCAGUAUUAAUAUUAUGUUAGAAAUUGUCAUGUAAAUCACAGGUUCAGUGAGUUUCUCCAGGAGAGAAGUAUCGCAGAUGUUCAGCCCUUAAUCCUGAGCUUCCAUACUUGACAUCCAUUUCCCACGGUCCUUACUUAAGCAAUGAAGUGUGGUUUUUACUGUGAUUAAUAUAUCAUCACAGGAGGAGAAAAGGUUACAUUCUCAAAUCAUGUGGAUCAUUAUUCACCAGAAAACACAGAUCUGAAAAAAAGGAUUAUUGUACAAUUAAAGCGACAGUGCUGGUUGCUAUUGACCUGCUUUUAUUGCAAUACUGCAGUAACUCAUGCAAGGAAAACUAUUCUAAAUAAUACUAACAAUAUGUAAAAAUUAAAAAAAAUGUAAAACUCACACCUGGACUUUAUAUUUUGCUGUGAAUCUGCUUAUUUGCCACAGUUGCCAAUUAUACCCGGUCUUAUUGUUUUCUGCUAAUUGUUAUGCAAAGCCCAUAGCAUAUAAAUACCAAGGCAGAAAAUGAACGCACUCACUGGAUUCGCAAAUAUCAAAUCGUGUUUAUAGGUUGCAAAAAAGAAGAAAAUCGAAGGGUAAGGGGGUACCAAAGUAGAUAAUCUCCUGAAUGGGGGUUAACCCCUAGUGCAAGAAUAUUUGCACCAACAACUAUUAUUAUUAUUGUACCACUUCACCUGCAGCGGGUUCACUUAUCGGAUUGAAACAAUCCCUGCAAUUACACUAUCUCUGUAUUAACGGAGAUGAGCUAGGACAAGUUAUACUAAUUAGUGUUCUUAAUGUGUGCUCUUGUGGUUUUACUUUUUUAGUAUUAAAAGAACACUAUAGUCACCUAAAUUACUUUAGCUAAAUAAAGCAGUUUUAGUGUAUAGAUCAUUCCCCUGCAAUUUCACUGCUCAAUUCACUGUCAUUUAGGAGUUAAAUCACGUUGUUUCUGUUUAUGCAGCCCUGGCCACACCUCCCCUGGCUAUGAUUGACAGAGCCUGCAUGAAAAAAAUAACUGGUUUCACUUUCAAACAGAUGUAAUUUACCUUAAAUAAUUGUAUCUCAAUAUCUAAAUUGAACUUUAAUCACAUACAGGAGGCUCUUGCAGGGUCUAGCAAGCUAUUAACAUAGCAGGGGAUAAGAAAAUCUUAAUUAAACAGAACUUGUAAUAAAGAAAGCCUAAAUAGGGCUCUCUUUAAAGGAAGUGUUUAUGCAAGGCUGUGCACGUCACAUGCAGGGAGGUGUGACUAGGGUUCAUAAACAAAGGGAUUUAACUCCUAAAUGGCAGAGGAUUGAGCAGUGAGGCUGCAGGGGCAUGUUCUAUACACCAAAACUGCUUCAUUAAGCUAAAGUUGUUCAGGUGACUAUAGUGUCCCUUUAAAAGUUACAUUUUAUAUUUAAAGUGGUACACACUAUUUGUACCACUGACUAUCCCCCUCCCUUCCUCCCUUUUAAGGGACUUACACUCUUCAGGACACUCUACCAUAAUUCCUUAUUCUCCUGUUUUUUUGUCUCUUCUUCUUGUUUAGGUUGCAAAAAAAGAUCAACGUUUUGACCUAACGGUCUUUAUCAAGAUCACCUAUAAACAUGAUUUCAUAUUUGGGAAUCCAGUGAGUGCGUUCAUUUUCUGCAUUGGAAUAUAAUUUCAGCAAUGUGCAGCACCUUGCUAUUUUUUGAUAUUGUGACUUUUGAGGCAGAGUGCCAGACUUACUGAAUUUUUGUUAUAUAUAUAUACACAUGAGUUUUACUGCAUAUGUGGUUUUGCAUUUUCAAAUAGUUUAUCUCAUGGAUAUACAAAUAUGUAACUUCUCAGCAAAUGAAUACAAACUUUAAGCCACAGCCAAUAUGCAGCUUCUCACACAUACAGCAAGGCUAACGCAUGAAAUAGCCUGAAAUUUACUGCACGUCGUUUAACUGCCCGGACAUUAGUAAACCAUUCAAUAAUAAUGACUUCUCCAUCAUAGGCCCAACACAAACUUGGAUUAACCUCACGGUUAUUCUCAUUUUACUUUAUGCUCAUAUUUACACCAUAUUAUAGGCCUCCCAACAGUCCAUAUUUCAACAGAACAAUCCCUAUUUCAGUGAACAGUUCCUACAAACCCUAACUCAUUAGCUCUCACUACACUAAGGGCACCAAGACCCUGUAGAGAGUGUUGAAACAGUGCUCUCUGCAUGGUCUGCACUCAGUGGGCAGGCUUGAUAGCCAGUCAGCUUGACAUGCAUUCACAGCUGGCUGACCUGCCUAUUAUUCCUUUAUGGAAGGUUCUGCCCAAAUAAUUCACUUCACUGGCCCGCCCGCUUUAACUCGCCAAUGUUGGGGUAUGGUGUUAUGGCGUUGGUGGAACAUAACGUGGGUGUAAAGGGGACUCUAGACAGAGCCGUCUUAACACAUGGGCACACUGGGCAGUUGCAUAUGUCCCCACAAGUAUUGCCAACUUUUCAGUAUAUAAUCCAGGUAGAUUUAUUUAGAACCUUCAAACCCUCUUUAUUAAAACGUUUAGGUGGACUAAAGAUUAUCGACUUCAAGGCAAUUAGGAAGCAAUUUCUCUGUAAAUAAAUUUUGCAAAUGUUUGUGUUGAACACACGACUAAUAAUAAAUAAUUCAUAGUAAUUUUGUACUGUGCCAUCUCCAUCUGUAUGAUUUACCAAUUAAGUGCAGCUUCUCAGAGCACUUGACUUACAAAGACUUCUCACUGAGCUGUAUUGGGAAGUCUGUGAUUGGACAGAAACAGAAAGUCUGGGCGGGGUUAUAACAGGAGAGCUUGCAAAGGCUGCAGACAAGAAAUCUGCAGAUUUUGCAAGGUGUUUUUAGAUAUAUACCCAAUGAAAAAUAUUUAUAAUUAGAUACAUGCACAUUUUUAUUUGGGGUAUAUCUACUAAACAGUGAAUUAAAAAAAUGUAUUUGGGCAGUGGAGUGUCUCUUUAAUAAAAUGUGAAUAAUUGGUAUGCAUACCAAAUUCACUAAAGUUAGAAUUUAAAAUGAAUUUCAAAUCAAAAGUCAAAAUAACCACAGUGGAACAAUUUGCAAAAGUCACCUAUGCUUCCUCUUCGGGUCCUUUAGCCAUAAAUGUAACGUUCAUUUUACUCUCACUGUUAGUAAUUCUCCAAUUCAGCCAUUUUAGCACAGCUGUUUUGACCAAUAUUUUGCGAUUCCAUACAUAUUAAUAUAUUCCUGUUAUAAGUCUUGCUGAAUGCUAAGUCAGUGUUUAUUUAGUUCUUUCGCGAUACAUUCGGUGUUACUGAACUUCUUCACCUCUUUGCAUAAUAAGCACUCCGAGGACCUGAUGUAUCAUAUGCAUGUACAAAAUUACUUCACCCUGGAGUACAGUGAAUUCUUAGAUUCUCAUUUCCAUUAUUUUUCCACUGUCAGCUAACACUGGUUUGACAAGCCCGCUAAACGCUCAGUGUGUAAGUCUAGCAACAAAGAUAAACAGAGAUUUGCCGUAGGAGAUUGUCUGUCCCAGUUGCCAAUUCUUUUAAUAAACUAGGCUGUGCGCACUAGUAAGAGGUUAAACAAACUCCCCCAUAAUCUUUCCUUUUGGGAAAUUGCAUGGUAUAAUAGCAUUUGUUUUAUUUGAUGGAUUUUUGUGCAUUCACACUGUCUCAGAAGACCAAGACGUACGUUAGCUGUCGAAAAAAAAUAAUGUUUUUUCUUCUUGAGUCUGCUGCCAUCUAGUGGUUUUUAGAAGCCUAGAAAUAUUUAUUUUACUUUAUAAAUGGAAUAAGAAUAUUGUUGAACUUUUUUAGGAAUGCUUUUGCAUUUAGGUUAUGAUGUAACUUCCUCCCUCAUAUAUUUAUUUAUUUAUAAAAUAUUUUACCAGGAAAGAUACAUUGAGAUUUCUCUCUGUUCAAGUAUGUCCUGGGUCCACAAAUCAUUGCAUUGUUACAUUAGGGUACAACAAAAUACAAAAACAAUAAAAUAUCUCUGUAUAUUGGCCUAUAUAUUUAAAUUUUGUAUUUAUUGUGUAUUAAUAAACUCUUGCUUUACUAGGUUUUUCAGUACACACCCUUGGCACGCAAAAGGUUGAAAAGAUUGGUUCAGGCCAUAUUUGGAUGGAGUUGAUUGGCUGAACACAUCGGUUGAAGGGCACCAAAUCAAUGCCAUCCAAAUAUACAUGAAAUUGGUAUUGGUAAAGUGGAACUUCAACGUUAGCAUGCAUGGUGAGCAGGGAUCAAGACUCAUUUACUUCUGGAGUCUUGUAGUUUUGGUCAAAGCUUUGCAAAACUGUUUAACCACGAAUCAGAAGGUCUACAUGUAGUAGAUAUGCAGCCCAUACUAGCUCUUGAAGUAUUUAAUGUUGAAGAGUUUUACACUGAGCAUUAAAUAGAUAUUUUGUAAACCAUUGCAUAAAACAUUGAAAGUCACCUACAUUUUAUUCAUACGAUGUUCUGUUUUUUUAAGUUUAUAGUAAGUUUUUUGAAAAGUAUAAUCGAGUUCAGUCCAGUCCCAACUAGGACAAACAGUCAACAUGAAAAGGAGUAAUAGAAAAAUUUUUCAUUUCUCCUCUUCCUGCAUGCUCUCUCUAUGCUAACUGCCAGGUGUAAAAGAGAGAACUUAUAACAAUGGCUGACAGGGAGCUAAGAUGGAGGCGCCCAGUUGCAGAAUUAAGCAGUGUGGAUUUCUUCAAUUUUUCUUACAUAUUUGUACAUAUUUCAACAUAUUUCUUAAAUAUAGGGAUAAGUAAACAUAAUCUUAAAAACCCUGGGAUUUGACAGCUCCCUUUUAAAACACCCACUAUAAACAAAAAUAGUUCGAAAUGUAGCCUUUUCUCCUUUUUUCAUCUAUUUGGAAGUGAUUUCAUUUUGCUUUUUAGCUACAGUACCAUAUAAUUCUGGAUAACAUACUCCCUGCCUGAUAGGGGAUCUUGCUGUUGCUAUAUAAUAUUUAUUAUUUACAAUUACGAGCUUAACAUAAUUCUGUAAUUCCACAGCUGAACUUGUCCAAUAAUGUAUUCCAUGUUUUCUACCGAAUGGAAAUGUUGAAUUGUAAUCAUUGUUGUUUUUCUUUGCAAUUGGAUUUAAGGAUUAAAGACAGUUUUCCUUACGGGAUAAAUUGCCCGUGGAGUCUCUUGUUGCAGUUGUAUGUAAUUGAACCUUAAAGCGUUAUAUUUUUGAAAAGAAUGUCAUGGUAUUAAUUGUGCUAGUUACUUAUUAGUGGUCAUUCUGAUUGUGAUAUUUGCUAUUUCCAUUUUUUUUCUUCAUUUUUCCUUUCAGCUUUUGGCUUUUCUCCAAGGUCUCUUUACCUUUUACCAUGAAGGAUAUGAACUGGCACGAGAAUUCACGCCGUACAAAGAACAACUGCAGUUUAAUUUACAAAAUGUAAGCCAAUUUUAUUCUCUGUAUUACAGUAGCAUCAUGAAUAAUUGAAUUGUAGAAAAAUUGCCUUAAGAAACUAAAGUGUAUCAUUUUAAAAUAGACAUUGAACUGAAGAAAGAAAAAAGUUGAAAUACACACAAAACCUUCUGCUUAUACCCUCGUAGGCAAUAAAGUUGGCCCACAUAUUGGAACAUAACAAAUGUGUGCAUUAGGAAGGGUUUGCGGUUUAUCAUAGAUAAUCUGAUUGUCACAUUAAAAGCACAUUCUAAGCACCAUAACCACUUUAGUGGUUAUGGUGCCAAGAGUACGUACCGAUAAAAGUAAUCUAAUUCUAAAUUGUAGUUAAAGGAAAAGGUCAUUAGAAAACGUAGUUAGAAAGUGCUGAUUUGAUUUUCACUACAGUUCUGUGUUUAGCAAGUAAACAAUACAAUAAGCACUGCAGACACUUAUUGAAACAUAUAGAACGUGGCAUGGUCAUAACUGAUAUUUGUUGGGAAAGAAAGUCCGAUGUAGUGCUUAUGGGGCCAGAGUCCCGUUGCUGCAUUUCAUGUGUGGCAGUGAAACCAAAAAUUUAUAGUUGUGCUUCAGCACUAUUAAUGUAAGCCGAUAUGUGUACUCUUAUGAUACCACUGUGCUUGAAGAUUUUUACAAAAUUAGGAACUACUACACUUUGUGUGCCACUUCUCGAAACACACCACAAUAUCCUACUUACAAAACACAUUGUGAAGUGAAGCACUAUUAAGAAAACAAUUGUGAUCAAGAAAACUAUAGUGCUUAUGAAUACUUAGCACAAAUAUGCAUGUCUUUUUCUUCAAAAAUAUAUAAACAAAAACAAAAUUCAUAGUGCAACUAUAAAUAUAUAACUCUCAAUCCAAAGUAUUAGAGACCUCACAAUGGUGGAGCUGCUAAGCUAGCUCUUCGCAGCGUAUGGGUCCGUUUAGGCAGCCAGUCUCCUAAUAAAUGCUUCCAAAGCAGACAUAUCUUCUCCACAAUCCUCAAUAAUGAAUACAGAAAACAAACAGACAUGGAUAUUCACUAAAGUGAGAAUUCCAAGUGAAUUUCUAAUUCAUCACCAUAUCUCAGUAAACAUCUCCUCUCACUUUCAAAAGGUUAAAACUGAUUACAUAAUUGCCUACAUCACAACUUUAACAAGCGCGGUGGGACAACCCUGAUUUGUUUAUUCCUUGCUUUCUUGUUUUGCCUGUGCAAGGGUUUAUGGGUGUCUGGAGUUGACUGGCCAGAGUAGCUCUCUGUAGAGACCCUUUCUGACCAUUAAUAUAUUCACUUGCACCCAUUCCAUCCCUGUCCAACCCUUUCCAUUUGUAAGCAUUGAGGUUUGAAAAAGCUUAUUACAAUAUAUCCCAAAUAUUGUAUAACUUGCAUUAGGGUCAGUGCUUCCAUUAGGCCAACUACGCACAGGCUGUAAUGCUUCUCUAUGGAUCUCCAAGGAGUAUAGGCUACCUUGUGCCACCUCCCCCAGUGAUAGAGUUGCCGGUCGCAUCCGCCCCUCACUGCUCCCCCUUUCUCCUGGUCAUUCAAGAGAGCCUCUGUCUUCCGAAUGUAACCCAGCCUCUGCCUGCCCACAAAGCACUAGCCCGCCAGUCACACGACUAACCCCUGAUACUUUAACUCUGCCCCCAGCCUGCCUGCCUCUUCCCCUUACUUCCAGACACCAUAGAAGUCCAUAGAAGAGGAGGGCAGAGCUUCCAUGUCCUCUUCCUGGACUGCAUGUGGGGAGUGACCAAAGACAGACUGAAAGUAUGGAAGCAGAAGAGGUAACACACUGACUGACUGAGCAGAUUGACUGAUUAACUGGCACUCUGACUGGCUGGGCACACUAACUGACUGGGCACACUGAUUGACCGACUGGGCACAUUAACUGACUGGGCACACUGACUGACUGGGCACACUGACUGACUGACCUAGCACACUGACUGACUGGUCACACUGACUGAAUGGGCACACUGACUAACUGGGCACACAGACUGACUGGGCACACUGACAUACUGGGCACACUGAUGUACUGGGCACACUGACUGUCUAACUGGGCACACUGAUGUACUGGGCACACUGACGGGGCACACUGACAGACUAACGGGGCACACUGACAGACUGACUGACUGGGCACUCUGACUAACUGACACACUGACUGACUGGGUACACAGAAUAACUGGGCACACUAACUUACUGGGCACAUUUACUGUGCACCAGUCUCACAAAAAAAAAGAUCAAGCAAGCAUACACUUGAAGGUGCAUUCACUAAACUUUGAUUUGAUAAGUCUCUAAAAGCUUAAAAAUUGGGUCAAAAUAAGAGACUUUUUUCCAACUUUUCUACUUUAGCCUAAUUUUUCAACUUACUAUUUAAUGAAUAGACCCAUUCAGGAAAAAAACACAUAGGGAAUACUGUGAAAACGGUAAAAAGUGACAAAAAAAAGAUUCAUUAAAAAAAAGUCAGCAAAGAUGGAGAGUACAAGUGCAGGAAAAAAUAGGGGAAAAGUUGAUGAGGGAAUGAGUGUAUAGACACCAGUUUGCUAAGUAAGGGAAAUACUCUACACACAAGGUAUAUCAGCUUGCUGAAGUGCUUUAUAUGUCUGGAGUCUGUCAAACUUUUUAUAAUUGUGGGCAAAACACCUCCCUGUGUGUCACACAGCCGGGAAGGUUUUCAUCCACUUCCUUUAGCUCCACAGAACUAACAGAGGAGUCAGAUAUGCUGAACUAGUGGGCUACUUCCCCACCUUCUCAAUGGCCUGUACUAGAGCUCAAGUGUUCAUGCGCAUAACAGCGGCUCCAGCAAGUGUGCACAUGUAUACUGGAUCAUAGCUUUCCAGUGUAAAGCCUGGCACAGACUGAGGACUUAAGAAAAAAUAAAUAAAAAUAAAGGCAUAUUUUCUUUGUUAAAAAAAAAAAAAAACAGCGGACUGUUUCCUUAUGGAGUAUAGUGAAUAAACGUGACACAAACAAACUCGAUUUCAUGAGGGGCGGCGAAAUUGAUUUUUGCCUAGGGCGGCAGAAUUCCUUGCUCUGGCCCUGCUUGCAUACAAGUAAGACACUUCUUAACAUACUCUUGUUACUGAUUAAAAUACAUGUUUAAUUUUUGGUAUUUAUGAUUUUGCUAAAUUCUUCCAAGCAUAAACACAUUUACCAUAAUGCCGCCGCCACCACAUAUACAUUUUUUGAUGUUUUUUUUUCUAUACGUUCCAUAAGAAUAAACAAAGAAUGAUGCCAUUAAAAGUUCAAUCUCUUUUUCCUUACUAGACGCGGAAUAACUUUGAAAGCACACGGCAAGAAAUGGAGCGUCUAAUGCAGAGAAUGAAAUCUGCAGACCAAGACUACCGACCGCCAAGUCAUUGGACAAUGGAAGGAUACCUAUACGUACAAGAGAAAAGUAAGCAGCAGAAGAAUGGGGAGAGGUUUUAAAAUCCAUCUAACCUGUUACCUGCCUUAAAGGACCACUAUAGGCACCCAGACCACUUCAGCUCAAUGAAAUGGUCUGGGUACCAGGUCCAUCUAGGUUUAACCCUGCCUGCUGUAAACAUAGCAGUUUCAGAGAAACUGCUAUGUUUACACUAGGGUUAAUCCAGCCUCUAGUGGCUGUCUCAUUGACAGCCGCUAGAGGCGCUUCCACGCUUCUCACUGUGAUUUUCACAGUGAGAAGACGCCUGCGUCCAUAGGAAAACAUUGAGAAUGCUUUCUUAUGGACUGGCUGAAUGCGCACGCGGCUCUUGCCGAUGACGGAAGAAGAGGGAGGAGAGUCCUCGGCGCUGGAAAAGAGGUAAGGGAUUAACCCCUUCCUCCCCAUUCAGCAUCACUGGAGAGGAACCUUGAGUGUGAGGGCACCAAAAAUUAAUUGGUUAUGCAGUUUAUAUGAUAUAAUAUGUGAUACAACACAAUCUACAACUAUAGGGUGAUCUUCAAAUGUCUUUUAUUGCAUUUCUUGUUUUAUGAUACAUGUUUAAUAAAUGGAAGACAAAGAUUAAAGAAGCCACUGAACACUUUUAAUAAAUCUUUUAUUUUUUUGAUGGCUGCAUUUUCAUUGUGCAUUUCUCUCUGGAUAGCCAGGAGAUUUUCUUAACAGUUUUAACAGGUAUUGAGCUGGAUACAAUGUAAAAGCAUUUGUUGGGGCGUAAUAAAUAAUAAUAAUAAUAAUAAUAAUACUUGUGAAGUCAGUAAUUUAAGGACCACUAUAGUGCCAGGAAAACAUACUCGUUUUCCUGGCACUAUAGUGCCCUGAGGGUGCCCCCACCCUCAGGGUCCCCCUCCCGCCCGGCUCUGGGGAGAGGAAAGGGGUAAAAACUUACCUUUUUCCAGCGCUGGGCGGGGAGCUCUCCUCCUCCGAUCCUCCUCCUUCCUCCCUGAAUGCGCACGCAGCGUUAGCUGCGCCAGAUUCAGUCGGUCACAUAGGAAAGCAUUAUCAAUGCCUUAUGACGCUGAUGCUCCCUGUGAAAAAUCAGAGAAGACGCAGCUCUAGCGGCUGUCAAUGAGACAGCCGCUAGAGGAAAUAGGGGAAGGCUUAACCCAUUCAUAAACAUAGCAGUUUCUCUGAAACUGCUAUGUUUAUAAAAAAAUGGGUUAACCAUAGCUGGACCAGGCACCCAGACCACUUCAUUAAGCUGAAGUGGUCUGGGUGCCUAGAGUGGUCCUUUAAAGAAGGACCAGCAAUACUUGUUUGGUGUCCCACAAAUAAAUUAGGUAUUAAAGUAUCAUGUGCUUUGUAUGCAGACUGGGAAGCUUUAGUAAAACUGCUAAAUAGACAAUCAAUACCGCCUUUUGAAUUACUUCUGUUUAAACACUUUCAAUACAGCUUCAGGAUAUACAGCCACCUGUGAUGUACAGUUUGGAGACCUAACAAAAAAUAGGGGCUUUUUUUUUCUUGUCCUGUAUCAGUCUGUCAGGGCAGAUACACCACCUACUGGGAUUAAUUUGUCAUGCACCAUGAUUGGCCUGUUUUUUUUUUCAUUCCUUUUUGCAUUGUACUUCUCUUUAAAAGUGAAUUGUCAAAUUUCUAUGACAGUUACUCAUUCCCUUGCUCCAAGAAGUGCUAUUGAAAUAUUUGAUGGGGCGGGGAGUUCAAUCUUACAUAGCUACGUAGCUAUAUAGGCUGAAAAAAGACAUGUGUCCACCAAGUCCAUCCUUUUUCACAUCUGUUUUUGCUGUUGAUCCGAAAGAAUAUAAAUAAAAAAAGAAAACUCUGAAAAAAUUCCUUCUCAUCCCCAGAAUGGCAGUCAGUUAUCUCCAUGGAUCAAGCAGCUGUUACCCCACAUAUUAAAAAUGAUAUCCAUGAAUAUUAUGUUUUUGCAAGUAUUCAUCCAGUUGCUGUUUAAAUAUCUGUACAGACUCCUAUAAAACCCCCUCUACAGGCAGAGAAUUCCACAUCCUUAUUGUUCAUUAUUUAACUAACCCUUUCCUUUGCCUUAGACGAAAUCUCUUUUAUUUCAGUCUAAAUGGGUGACCUUGUGUAAACAAACACAAUUGUUCAAGCUCCACGCUACUUCAAUACUCGGAAAACGCUUUUACAUGCUCAAGCAUUUGCUUAACAAGUACCUUAUGGUAUUAUUUCCAACGUACGAAUGCAUCCUCCCAGCUCCCGUAGGAAGAGCACCGUGUGGUCAAUGUCAUUUGCAUUAUAUGCUCAGACCUUGCAUAUUUAUAUUUGAUGUUCUGGCUGUGUACAUUGUGGAUGGAAAUUUUUAGUUAUAACAAUAAGCACACAUCUUACCUAUUUACUUGUGCUAAAAUUCUAGUGUACUAGUGUCUGUGUGAAAUUUCUGCCAAUAAAUGUCCCACUAGUUUGAGAUUACAGUCUUGUCUGUGUAUCGUGGGUAAUAAUUUAUUUGAAAAAGCCUUUAGUUCUCUUUCCAUUAUUGGACUACCCUUUAGUUGCCAGUAUUCGAAUAAAAUGUCCAGGGACCACAUGCCAUAUUUCUGCCAUAUGGCAUCGGUCACCUAAUUUAUAGCCUUAUCAAUAUAAUAAUAUCAUUUACACCUACCAAUUGCCUAUAAUGCAGAUUAUAAUAGAUAGCACACCAAGCACAUCCCUGGAAUAGAAAGGUUACCUUUACAGAAUAGCACCAGCAUUUGGCAAAAACACCAUGUUUAACCCCACUUACACCUACAACUUAAGCAAACUGUCUAUAAUUGCCGUGUCACCAGCCAUUUAAGGUCACUUUACGCAUGCAAAAUCAGACUUUUUAAUGGCAUUUUUAUAACGUUGGACAGAGACCUUGUACAAUUAUAUAACAAGACAGGGAACCAAAAUCCAGGACUGUCCUAAAAAAACCCUGGACAUUUGACAAGAAUAGACUAUCUCUCAUAUUUUACUUUACCAGCCUCUGAAUAGAGACACCUCAGUUUAAUAUAAUCACGGAUUGUUAAAAAAAAAAACAUGCUUCAGAGUAGAGAUUGCCAAAUGUACACCCCUUCCACCCACCAAGUUAUCCUUAUCUUUUGCAGCCUAAUUGGUAUUGGGGUGUUCUAGAGGGGAUCAUUUUUGGUCAACCUAGUUUAUAAAAUAUGUCUUUAAUUUAUGUAAAAUAAAUUAUAGACUCACUUUAGUUUAUCAGCAAAUGAUUACACACCAACAACAUUAACUGAGGGCAGACUUAGAGCUGCAAUGUAAACAUACAUUCACAUUGCAGCACUAAGUGCAAAAGGGUCACAGCACCCAGACCACUUCAAUUAGCUGAAGUGGUCUGGGUGCCUACAUUGUCCCUUUAAAGUGUUGCCUGCUCAGCCUUAUAACAUUUGUCUAAGUGAAGGCCAAGCCACUUGCUUGUAGCAUGUCUGACCUUAAUGAUAACAAUUUCUAAGAAGUCUAUCAUUUUCUUGACUAACACAUCUAAAUGUUUAACUUUGGAGUUUUCCAUUUCUAAGUAUUAUGCAGAAUAUUUGUUAUUAUGGAAGAUGAAAGUAAAAUGCAAGAAUGGACAAAUAUAAUCUUCCCUCCAAAUAAUAAAUAUAAUAACAUACAAAAAAGUGAUAUUAAGGUUGAUUAUAUAUGUCUGCUAUUAUAUGCCUUUUGUACCAACCCUAUGCUAUUGAAAAAAAACAUACGUAUAUAUAUAUAUAUAUAUAUAUAUAUAUAUAUUAAUCUACAACUUUCUUUCUUUUUUUGCAUACAGAUUAGCAGUAGAUUAUAGAAAACCUGGUUUUCACUAUUUUUGUACUUGGAUUUUAUAUUGUGGCAAUUAUGUUUAAACUUAUUAUGCCAUAGAUGUAAAAAUCCUUGUAUUACCUAUAGACUCAGUCGCUUAAAGGACCACUAUAGGCACCCAGACCACUUUAGCUUAAUGAGACGCUAGAAAAAAUCACAGUGAGAAGACGCCAGCGUCCAUAGGAAAGCAUUGUGAAUGCUUUCCUAUGGACUGGCUGAAUGCGCGCGCGGCUCCUGCCGCGCAUGCGCAUUCAGCCGAAGAGGAGGAGGAGAGCUCCUCGCCCGGCGCUGGAGAAAGAGGUAAGUUUAACCCCAUCCUGUCCCCAGAGCCCGGCUGGAGGGGGUCCCUGAGGGUGGGGGCACCCUCAGUGCACUAUAGUGCCAGGAAAACAAGUAUGUUUUCCUGGCACUAUAGUGGUCCUUUAAGAAUGCUAUGUAGCAAGAGAAGGCAGGAAUAUGUGAUUUACUAAACAUUUAUAACACUGAAAUCUGGUAUAAGCUCACCUUGCCCUGUCUAACUACCUUACAAAUAACUUAUCAACAUCUCGCUGUGAAAUUCUCAUUUUGUUUCUGUAGUAACCAACAACCUAAAUAAGGGAUAGCCGAUGACCUGCUGUAGGUGAUAAAAGAUGUUCAUGCCAGAACUUGUCUUCACCUUGUCGAGAGGGUUUCUCAAGUUAAUAGGUCAUUCAAACAAGAAUUUUAUUUUACUCCUAGCUAUUUUCACAGUUUUGCUGCUUUGGGAUAGACUAUGCAGUUUGUCUCUUCAUUUCUAUUAACUCCAUGUUUAUUAGAAAAACUCCAUUGCUUUAUCCAGAGGUUGAUAUACUAGUUACAGAAUAACUAAUGUGUUGGUAGUCAUAAAUCAUAUAUAAUUCAUCACUUUCGGCGCAUUAUUUCCCCAGUGUAAUUGGUCAUAUUUGUCCUGCACUUUUUGCAUUCUGUAAAGAGGAUUUAUGGUAGCAGAAAGGGAACCACAUUCUGAUUGGAGUGAUCGAUCAAUUUAUAAAAUAAAACUAUCAUUAAAAUAAAAAAUUAAAUGCACACUAAAGGAACAUUGUAAGGUUAAGGAAUGGAAAAAAACAAUUAAAAUUACCUGCAAUCCAGAGCUAGGACAAUUUCCUCUUGGCAGUUGCUCUAUUCUGAGAUCAUCAGUUGUGAUGAUCUCAGUCAAUCCAAUACUUAUCAUGGAGAUUCCUUUGAACUUCACUGAUACAAUGCAUCGUUAACGUUAACAGCAUUUGUUUUUCAAAGGUCUUCACGUUUGGCUAAUACAUUGAUCGUGAAGACCUUUGAAAAUGAAAGUUCUUCAAUGAUAAAUCGCCUCUGUUGUCUUUCAGUCAGACAGCCACUAAAGCAUGCUUUAAAAGACCACUAGAGGCCCCAAAGUCACUUCAGAAGUGGUCUGGAUGCAGAGGACUUUAUGUUUUUAACCCUGCAAUGAUAAACACUGGCAUUUAGUAGAUACUUGGGAGUCAGAUGAAGCAACAGCAGGGACUCGAGUUCGGCACUGGAAAAAAAAUUUUUUUUUUCUUUUCAGAUUUUUUUGGGUGUGUGUGUGGGGGGGUUCUAAAUACAGAGGCAAUCACUAUAGUAUUACAGAUACCGGGUUAUAUCCCUAACAAAUGUAGUGUUCCUUUAAUCAAAGCUAGACAAAAAUGACAAAUUCAGUGCACCAAAACCUCUUCUUUAAGAAGAAGCGGUUUCAGUGCUUAGAGUCUUGCUUUAAGAGAAAGAAGCCAACUAUGACAUAACCUACAUACAUUACAACUAAUACGUGUGUUGCAUUCAUUUAACAUAUAUCUGUGAAUGAAAAUACAAAGAAUCACUUUGUUUAUAUUGUUUGAGACUAGCUUUGGAUGGACAGUCACAAUGUUGAGUUUCGGUCCCACCAUCCCAAUGAUUCAACUUCAAUCAGUAUUUAUCUCUUACCAAUGCCCAUUAAGGCAAAUAAUAAGAUGUCAUGUUUAUUUGAUAAAAAAGAAAAAUGCCUGAUGUAUUCAAGAACAAUGUGACAAAUGCGGCAUUGAACACUUUCAACAAAUGGCAUUUGUGACCUGGUAUAUUCAGAGUGAUCUUGGCACGUCUUAUUUGUAUUCUACAAGAAAUCAUGUUUCUGUAUUCUGUGCUUGAGUUAAUUGCUUACAUGAUGUCUGUGAUCCCAUGCAUUACAGCUUGUAUAAACCUGGGCGAGAAACAGCUGUAGACAUUUUUCAAUUAAAAUCGGAAUCUGAAAACUAUUAAAGGUUUGUGGACCAUAUCAUAAAAUAAGAGAAACAUUGAGAAUAAAGGGAGUAUCACCAAUCACUUGUGUUCCAGUUAUUCAGGUUUGACGUGUUCCAGUUUCUCAGUGCAAUAAGCUUUGAGAUACAUUUAGCAAACAUUUAAUAUUCGGCUAAUGUAAGACUCGCUGUUUGGAGUGGGAUGUGAUGGCCUCAGGCUGCCCAAUGAAACAUGUCUCAUCUAUUUUAGUACAUCAAGCAUUAUACGAUUUAGGAAUUUCAAAGUUGGUGCCAGACUGCGUGAAGUGUAAACAACGGCUGAAGUGUUGUUGUACUUAAAGAGACGGCAGGUCUAAUUCUUUAACUUUAUUUCAUCACAUACAAAGUGACACAUUUAUAGAGACAAAGCUGUAAAGUCACAUGGUAGCUCUGUGUGACUCAAUGUUUUUCUUGAGGGAUAGAUAGUGCAGUGUUAGUGCAUGAUUAAAGCAGUACUUCAAGCACCAUAACCACUACAGUGCACCUGUAGUGGUUAUUAUGUCAGUAGUGCCCUGAUACCUCACUAUGUAAGCAGUCACAAAUGUUUUGGCAACUUAUAUGGGGCCAGUCACUUCCUUCAUUGAGAGUCAGAAGGAAGAGAUCGCGUAAGUUCUCCUGAGCUAAAACCCUGCAGUGCCAGGCCAGCUCAUUGGCUCAAAGUGUCAGCUGAUUGCUUUCAACCAAUGAGCUAUGUCCUGCACUGCUCAUUGCAGAACACUUCCCAGGUAAUUUGUAAAACCAUUAUUGAAGGUUGCGCCUACUUCCACUGUGGGCCUGCAUUAAAGUACUCCUGGUACCAUAAGCACUUUAACACACUGCAGUGGUUAUCAGGACUGGUGCAAGACUAUUUUGCUUCGUAGGCAAGACCAGCCACUUGGGGGCGGGGGGGACAACUUGUAAUACUAGAGACAGCUACACUAUAACUUUAGGAAUCCAGAUUUGUAUUCCUUACAUUAAGUGGCCUUUGAGAAUUCAAAUCAGAGCUGUGUAGAAGAGCGUGUGACAAUGCUAGUUACAGGAUGAUGCCAUGCAUUUGUAUUGUAUUUCCUUAUUAUGCAAAUUGGGUAUCAAGCAAAAUGAUAACACCAGCUUGCUGAGGGAUCCACUUCAUUUUUAACUGCUUUGUCUUUAAAAGGUACGCUUAAAGGGCUACUGCAAAAAUAUAUAUAUAUUUUGAUUCUAAAACUUUCCUCCAUUCCAGCGCCAAUGCCGUUUUCCAAAUUGUCCUUUGAUGAUUUCUCUCUCCUUGUAGAGGGAGGGCAUCCUGAGGGGAGGUCAUGCUGUGCAAUAUGAACUGACUUUAGCAAGUCUGGAACUCUUGCUUUGAUCUGGCUAACAACAUCCCAAUGACACUGCUGGAGGUGGAGUAAAACCUCUGGCAGCAAAGGGGUCGAACUCUGCAUGUGCAGCGAUUCGUAGUGAAACACUGCACAUGUAAACACCAGGUACCAUGACCACUUUAAAGCAUUUAAGUGAUAAUGGUGUUUUCAGAAACACUUUCUAAACAAAAUAUUUUUAAAUUAUUUUCUCUUAAUUGCUUAUAUUUAUUAUAUUAAUUUGAAAUGCUAAGUCGGAGAACUUCUUUAAAACCGCUAUAUCAGUCUAUAUUUAGCAGUUCAGAUUUCAGUUCACUAAAAAUGCAGAGUUUAUUGAAUAACCCUUCCAUUGUCACAACAGGUUAGAAGAAUGUGUGAGUGGUACGCUGUCAAUGUGAGGAUUGAGGUCUUCUUUACAAGGGUCACACACGCUAUUCUACUAGAUUUAUAAAUGAGGCAAAGUAGGCCUCAAAAAAAUUAAUAAUGACUUGACUAUUUUAUUUAUUUUCUUAACCUGUAGGACCCCUUGGAUUUGCGUGGACAAGACAUUACUGUACAUAUGACAAAGGAAGCAAAACUUUUACAAUGAGUUUAUCUGAAACAAAAUCAAGUGCGAAAGUGGUAAGCGAGAAAUUAAAACAUAGACAGUAAAUGAUGUAUACAUUAAACGAGCUUUGCUAAAAUAAAAUACAUUUAAAAUACUUUGCUGCUUUUACUGCUGGGGGAAGCAAGUGUUUGCAGACAUCUGUGCACCAUUUUGUUACUAUACAUUGCAAGCCAGGCAGCAAACAAACAUAUAGAUAAACUGCUAAUUAAUGCUGAGUAUAUACCAAUAUAUUUACAGUGCCAAUCUGCCAAGCUCCUUGGCACAGUGCCAUCUGCCUACAAGUGAAGUGAUCUCAUGCAUUGUGGUAUGCAGUGAAUGUUGUUUAGUGCCAUCUGGUGGCUGUUGGAUGCUCAUCAUGCAUAUUCUUGUACUCAUUACUCAUGGUGGCGAUGAUUUGCCGAUGAUUUUAUCAGCACAAUGUAUAGAUUAAAGGGAAACUAUAGUGCCAGGUAUACAAAGCUGUAUUCCUGGCACUAUAGCUUGCCUUGACCCCCACCCUCCCCUUUGCCUUCACCCUUGCAGUGGUCAAUAAAGGGUUAAAAACCUUUUAUUUACUUAUCUCAUCCCAGCACCGAGGCCCUUGGUGCUAGGUCGACACUCCACCCCUCCAACGUCCCACAACGAGCAGACGCUAAUGCACAUGAGCGGCAAAUGCCACGCACACAUUAGACCUUCCCAUAGGAAAGCAUUGAUUCAAAAAUCUGAUGCUGGAUGUCCUCAUGCGUAGUGUGACGAUAUCCAGCAUCAGAUACCGGACCAAAGAUCUGUUUCGAUUCAGGAAGCCCUCUAGUGGCUGUCAGUUAGAUAGCCACUGGAGGCAGACUUAGUGCUGUAAUCUAAACAUUACAGUUUCUCUGGAACUGCUAUGUUUUACAUUAUAGCACUAAGUGCAAUAGGGACACUGCACCCAGACCACUUCAAUUAGCUGAAGUGGUCUGGAUGCUUAUAGAGUCCCUUUAAGCUAAACAUCUGCCUGAAACAGCCUCUACCACCCACAUGGCUUGGCCCUUUAUUUUCCCGUAGAUCUGACACAUCAGCAGGGAGAUCCCCAGUUGUUGUGGAACUAAUCCCUCACGGUCUCCAAUUAUCCGAAAUGGGAAUCAGCAUGGCUGUAGCUGACUUGUCCUCACAGAGUUGUAGUGCCGCGACUUUGAGCUAUGUUAGCUAUCAGUGAUCUAUAGAUAAUUUUUUAUUUAAUUGAUCUACAUGUUCAAUGCUACUAUUAAUCCUUGAUAUAUGUCUGAGAGCCAGAAGGGAGUGCAGCGCACCUCAGAAUGUAUUGAUCCAUCUUCUAUAACAUGUAUCACAUUAGAGGAAAUGCAUUCCCCAGUGAUAAAAACUAUUCAUAACUACAUCGUUGUGUUCUUUAUAAACACGGAACUCAGCCGAACAGCUGUUCUCUUCGAUUAGGCACUAUAUAAUUCCAAAGAAUCCGUUUAGCAGUGGUGUACGUGUGACAGCUGGUUUUAUAUUCGAGAGCAGUAUCACCUAAUUACUACUGGUCCGUGUUACUACAGGGAAAAGAAAAUAUUCAAUCUCAAAUAAAAAUGACGACUCCGCUAUCCAUGUAUUAGCCAGAAUUGCAGAAAUCGUAUUGUGAUUGCGAAUGUUAAAAUGCAGCAUAUCUGUCCUACUCUACCAACUUCAUGUCUUUUUCCUAUUUGUCCCCAUCUACUGUCUCACUUCUUCAGCGCUAGUUCCUUUACUGCCUUUUUCCCAAAAUCCUUCCUUACUCUUCUACCUAGUUAAUUCUCUAUCCCUCUCUUCCACCACCUUACUCUUCGACCUAGUUAAUUCUCUAUCCCUCUCUUCCACCACCUUACUCUUCUAACUAGUUAAUCCUCUAUCCCUCUCUUCCACCACCUUACUCUUCGACCUAGUUAAUUCUCUAUCCCUCUCUUCCACCACCUUACUCUUCUAACUAGUUAAUCCUCUAUCCCUCUCUUCCACCACCUUACUCUUCGACCUAGUUAAUUCUCUAUCCCUCUCUUCCACCACCUUACUCUUCUAACUAGUUAAUCCUCUAUCCCUCUCUUCCACCACCUUACUCUUCGACCUAGUUAAUUCUCUAUCCCUCUCUUCCACCACCUUACUCUUCUAACUAGUUAAUUCUCUAUCCCUCUCUUCCACCACCUUACUCUUCUAACUAGUUAAUUCUCUAUCCCUCUCUUCCACCAUCCCAGUAAAUUUUCCAUUCACUCUUCUAAAUUAAUUUGCUUUGAAAUACCACGUCAAGAUAAAAUAAUAGCAAUAUGCGCCAAUUUGCAUUAAAAAAACUUGUUCGGAAGAUAAUGCAUGUGUAUACUUUGGCAGAAUGUACUACAUAUUUAUCCCAUAUGUAUAUUAUGCCAUAAAUAACAACAGCAAACAAUCAUUCCUUGAAAAACAUUUCAUCCAUAAUUAUCAAAGGAAAAUGGCUAUUAAAGCAUACCUCAUUUUUCUUUUUAAAUAAAUAGAAUAAAUAUGAUAAAUAUGAAUGAGUCACUUUCUACAUUUUCUCUUUGAUAAAUCUGGCCCGUUGUAUACAACUCUAAAAUUAACACUUUUGAUACUUUGCAAGGUUCUCUCCGGCGUAAAAAAAGUUAAAAUCCCAAUAGGACUGCCUCUGGAUAAAAUAUAUUAAUUAUAGACUUAUGGAACUUAAACCUAAAUCGCUGUACAUUUCACCAGUUUGAAACAAAGAAUGAUGAUAUUAACGACCGUCUCUUUAUAUACAGAAUGGGCUGGUCUCCAAUUCACCAGAGAUGUUUAAGUUAAAAACUUGUAUACGGCGGAAAACAGACUCAAUAGACAAACGAUUCUGUUUCGACAUCGAAGUCAUCGAGAGGUUUGUGCUUAAAAACCAUCAGUCAUUUGCUUUUUUAUUGAACACAAAACUUCAUAGGGAUUUAUUUAAAUAUGUAAAUGGAGGGGGGGGGGGGGCAGAAUGUAAUGAGGUAAUAAGGUGUUAACAUAAUGUGUUAAAAAAUAUAUAUAAUACAAAAAAAUGCAUGUAAUACGUAAUUUCAGGCCAGAAUACCAGAAUUAAAUAAAUCUCCAAUUCUAUUUGGCAUAAAAGUUGCAAUUCUUUGAUUUAUUUUUUUCCCUUCUACAAUGCUCAGUUUUAUGAAUGAAACUCCGUUUGUUUCUGUAUAUAAUGCAUAGUAUAGAAAAGUACAAACGUCAAAAACACAUUCUGAGACCAUAUCAGGUUCACGACUUUGGGGGGUGCCAAUGAUCUGAAUCACUGGUCUCCUCCCUUUUGUCUAAUUCAUAUGACACUGAUAUAUUGAGAGUUAUGUAAAGUUUAGAUCCUCUCUUGUAGGGAUAUUUCUGUGUCACACUGUUAACAUUUUUCUAUGUAUUGAAGCGCACAAAGCUGGCCAGCAUCAAUUUGCAUACAAAUAGUUACUUUCCUUACAGUAUGCUCUACUGAUGGUGACAUAUUGCAACUCAGCAUCUAUUUUUUUUACAUUUGGUUACUGUGUAGCAGUGCUAUCUCAGUAGAAAGUGGGACUGCUGGUAUGUAAUAGCAAUAUUGUGUAUACAUGUGUAGUGUAGGUGAUUUAGUAUGCUGUAUGUAAUUUCCAAAUACAUAUUUAUCUUCGUGUACAAACCUUUGUUAUGUAAUAUGAGGGUAUAUGACAUAUUGCUGCAUUUAUGACCUCAUAUUUACUCUUUCUGGGACAAUGUAGGGGGAUAGAACUCCAUGUUGUGUUAUAUCAUACAUACAAAUUAGCGCAAAUUAAUUAAUUGUAUUGUGGACUCUAUGUAAUGCACGUACAAUUAAAUUAUUGCACUCCUAGAAUAAAAUAUUAACUUUUUAAUUCACUAAAUAUAGAAUAGCAGUUAAAUCAGUUACGCUAAAAUAGUCAACUUAUAAAAAAAAAUCAGAUUCUAAUUUGUCCCCCAUAUUGCAAAAAUGUUUGUCAUGUUCCCACAAAUUCUAGUCACCACUGUUAAGAUGUUCAAUUUCUUACCAUAUUUUACAAUAUCACAUGCGUGUAAAAUUCUGUUACCCAUUUUGCUGAAAAAUAUACGUGCCAUAUUGACAUGUAUUCUUCAGCUCAAUGUGCCAUUUUGACAUAUAUUGUCCAGCAAAUUGGGUAACAUAAUUUUACACGCAUGUGAUAUUGUGAAAUUUAUUAUGAAAUGUAACGCAGAUUUUUCUUCUUGUUUUGCAGGCAAGGCAUUAUUACACUUCAAGCUUUGUCUGAGGUAAAUCGAAAGCAAUGGCUGGAGGCGAUGGACGGGAAAGAACCAGUAAGGAAUCUUUACGUUAACCUUUGCAGCUUUCCCUGCUAUACUGUAUGAGCAUGUGUGUCUAUUCUGCAUCUGAUUAAUGCUUUUGACACCUAAUAUAAAUUGCCCACACUUAAUACAGUAUUCUUAAGAAAAUCACAGAAGAAUAUGUUGACACUUAGUACAGUUGGGACUAUUUUGCACAAAAAGACCAGCUGUUGUUGUCAUUAUUAUUUAUAAAGCGCCAACAAAUUCUACAGCGCUGUACAAUGGGAGCUAUUGACAACUAUCAUCUCAAAAAUAAUUUUAAAAAGAGAUACUAUAGUCACCAAAUCAACUUUAGCUUAAUAAAGUUGUUUUAGUGUGUAGAUCAUGCCUCUGCAGUCUCACUGCUCAGUUCUCUGCCAUUUAGGAGUUAAACAACUUUGUUUACGCAGACCUAGUCACACCUCCCUGCAAGUAACGUAUGCAGCCUUCUUAAACACUUCCUGUAAAGUGAGAUCUAAUAUUUACACUUCCUUUACUGCAAAUUCUGUUUAAUUUCGAUUUUCCUAUUUCCUGCACUGUUAAUAGCUUGAUAGACCUUGCAGGAGCCUUCUAUGUGUGAUUACAGAGUAAUUUACAGAGCAGGAGAUAACUUCUAAAGUAAGUUAAAAUCUGAUUAACAAUGAAACUAUUUUUUUAUGCAGGCUGUGUAUUAGGGCUGUAUAAACAUUAAAAAAAUAGUGAUUAACUCAUAAAAGGCAGUGAAUUGAGACUUGAAACAAAACUAAUUCAUUAAGCUAAAGUUGUUUUGGUGUCUAUAGUAUCCCUUUAAUGUAAUAAUCAUUGCAUCAAGUAUAAAAAGUUAAUAGAUUAUUAUUAUUUUUUUUAAUGAUGUAUAUGUAAAUGACAGGAUCCUUUAGCCAUAUACAUACAUCUUGGGUCGGAAAGUGUUUGAAAAUCAACAGUUAGUCUCUAUGGCAUUCUCUGCUUCACUGCCUGCACACAAGCUGGGAAUAUAAACUGUUGAUAUAUAAUACUCUUGGGCAUUCUAUAAAACCUAUUUUAUUUAGUGGUUUAUUCACUGAAGAGUAAAUUGUGUGAAAUGAAAACUGAAAUCAGAAAAAAUUAGGCCUAAGAGUAGCUUGGCUAUGUUAAUUAUUGGUUUAGUUUGUUUUAAUUUUAAGCAGUAACUGUUUUGUGACUAAUGACUACAGUAUGUUUUACUACUUAUUUGGAAAAAAAUAAAAUCAUCUUUUGACCAAGAAUGAAAUAUCUGACAAAAAUAUAGUUUAACAACAUAAUGCCUACUUGACCAGAUUAUUGUAAAUAUGUAUUCUAAACUUUAUCCAAAACUAGGUGCCCUGUACAGAAACAAAUCCUGCCUGAGCCCUACAGUAAAGGAAAAGAUUGUACAGCAAAUGCUGAUGCCAAUCAUUGAUUAUGGGGAUGUCGUAUAUGCACCUGCAUCGCAAUCCCACAUUAAUAAACUGAAUACAUUGUAUAACUCGUUCUGCCGAUUUGUGCUACAAUGUAAUUACAGGACCCACCAUUGUGACAUGCUAAAAGAACUAAACUGGCUAUUGCUGGAAUCCAGACGCACCCUUUAUCUUUUCAGCCUUGUGUUUAAGAGCUUUUCUGGGAAACUCCCACCCUACCUGAACAAAAUGCUUUCCCCGGCUGUUCCCACUUUCUAUAAGCUCCAAUCCAGUACCCACACUUUACUUAGUCUACCUCAAUACAAAAAGAAAACGUCCCGAUCCUCCUUCUCCUACAGAGCACCGCAAUUGUGGAACGACCUCCCGCACAAUUUAAAAUCUUCCCUAAGCCUAAAGUCCUUUAAUAGAUCCCUCUCUACAUACCUCAAAACAGAAUGCACGUGUCAUGGUUGAUUAUAUAUUUCCUACCUGUUCGAUGUUACAUUUUGUAUUUAUUGUGUAUUAAUAUUGUUUUUGUAUUUUAUUGUACCUUAAUGUAACAAUGCAAUGAUUUGUGGACCCAGGACAUACUUGAAAACGAGAGAAAUCUCAAAGUAUCUUUCCUGGUAAAAUAUUUUAUAAAUAAAUAAAAAUAAAUAAUUAGCUUCUGAUAUUAUCAACAUGUUUAUUAUUAUAUUGUAUAAACAUUAUUUUUAUAAAAAUAAAAAGAACAUUUUAAAAGAAUGGCCCUUGUCACACCACAAGCAAGAUCCUAGUUAAUUUAACUGCGAUACGUCAAUUUCGGAAAACUACUUACCAUGUCAACCUAUUUCCUUUUGCAGAUAUAUACCCUUCCAGCAAUAAUCAGCAAAAAAGAAGAAAGUAAGUUAAUUGCCUGCCAUCAAAAAUGUAUUCUGAAUAAAUUUAAAGGACAACUAUCACGUCACAACAAUUUUAUAAUAUAAUAAUCAUUUUAUAAAGUUUUGAAAGGAAAUAGAUUUUUUUUUUAAAGAUGUAUAGGUAAAAAAUGUAAAGAAAAAACCCUGCAUUUUGUAUAUAACAGGAUCCUUGAGCCGUAAACAUUCACCUUGGGUCACACAGUGUUUGAAACUCCACGGUUAGUCUCUAUGGUAUUUCCUACUUCACUUCCUGUACAGAAGCUGGUAAGACCACAGAGACCAAGAGUAUAUAUUCUCUUGGACUUUCUAUGAAGACUCUCUUAUUUAGUGGUUUAUUACCACGGAGACCAACUGUUGAAUUUAAAACACUGCCUGACUCAAGGUCAAUGCAUAUGGCUGAAGGACCCUGUCAUGUACAUAUUUAUAGAAUACCCCCAGUUUGUAUGCAUUGCAUCUGCAAGUACAUAAUAUAAAGGUUGCACAUGCUGUAUAUGUGCAUAUAAUUAUUUCUGAUUGUGUGUAAUUCCAGAAAGGCCUAGUGCUGUAAGUACACUCUGGUUUUACUGUGGUUACAUUUAUUUAAAAAUGCUAAUAUAUUACUAUUGUUGUCAUCCAAGCAAGCUGUAGUAGAGUUACCAAUUCACCACAGACCUUUCAGCAUUACAUUGUGAAGGCGGCCAUCUUGGAAUUGCAUCACAACUUAUAAAUCCCAAGUAAUUGUUGUUGAUACACAAAAUUCUUUUUAAUGUUGCCCGAGGGUAGCACAUUUUGAGAUCGUGAAAUUGUGUUUGAAACAUAAAAACCAUACCAUUUUACUCUGUUUGUUUUAUGUCAUUUCAGUGUUCUUAAAUGAAGCAGGGUUCAACUUUGUGAAAAAGUGUAUUGAUUCUGUGGAGACACGAGGUAAACCCCCGCUUUUUAAUAUAUGUUGAACAACCUGUAUGACGGUUCACGGCAGGGGUAGGCAACCUUUCAGUAGUACUGUGCCAAAACAAGAUCUCAAAGUCCCUUGGUGUGUAUGUUGCCAUAUUCUUCUAGUGUCAUGAGGGGAGGCUUAUUCUGCAGCUCUGUGUAUAUCUAGUAGUGUGGUAUAUCUGUUUAUAUCUACUAGUGUGGGUUGCUUUCCUGGGGUCCUGAGGGGCUGGCUGGCUAUUUACAGGUCAAGGGCAGGAGCUGCAAUUGCAGGCAAAUCGAGUGCCAUAGGUUGCUGGUCCCUGAUAUAUUGUAAAGGGUUAAUAGGUGGUCUUUGACAGAGAUGACAGUAGCAUUCUUGGAUACAGAUGACGGUUUAUGUUAAAUUGUUUUUGUAUGUUCCCCUGUGAGUCUUCUCAGUGUUUACAUGUGGAAUGAAGCUGCACAGAUUGAAGCUUUAUUCUAUAUCUGUGUGAAGGAUCCAGCAAUCUACCUGUAUACACUGUAUACCAUCUAAAUUUUUUCAUUUAUUAAGUACAGCCAUACUAUAUAUAUAUAUAUAUAUAUAUAUAUAUAUAUAUAUAUAUAUAUAUAAAUCUGUUCUAUUCUGGUGUGUACAUGCAGUAGUUAACAUAUCUGUUUUUAAAUGAGCUCAACGAAAGCUGACAUACUAUAAUCUCUAUUUAUAGGUAUUACUAUUUUGGGACUCUACAGAAUUGGAGGCGUUAAUUCCAAAGUCCAGAAGCUGAUGAAUACUGUAUUUUGUAAGUGUUCGGCAAUAAAGGGUUAAUUAUUUUAAUCUCUAUCAAUAGUAACAUUUUACACGUAGACACCGGUGUGCCUCUUUAAUUAAUGUAACUCAAUCCCCCCACGCUAUACAUACCUGGAUUAUGAAUGUGUGAAUUGAAUUGCAAUUCUUACCUGUGGGGAAUUCCUGGAUGUCACACCUGCUCUUUGUUAAAUAAGAUACAUAUGAGUCUGAUAGAACAAGCAUAGUUUUAUGAACUGUUGAUUUAUUUUUAAUUUUUUUUAUUAAUUUGUUGAGAUAAACAUAUGGGUUUGAAUUUUCACCGUUGAAAAGUGACAUUUUCAGCACACUAAAGAGUUAUAAGCAAAUUAAAAGGUGCAUUCAAAUGCUAAUUUUACUGGACUGAAAAAGUAACUAUUGAUUAUGGAAUAAAUAGAUCUUUAUAUAAAAUUACAUUUUGGUAGAAAAAAAUGAAUAAUCAUUUUUAAAGGGACACCAAAACAAUGUUUGAUUAAAAAGUUACUCCCACCAAAAUACAGUGAUUUCAUAAAACACUGGUUUUGGUUAGACUAACCCUCCAAACUCUCCUGCCCCCAUGUCAUAUAAAUAAACACUAUAACUCAGCUCUGUUACAUCUCUGAGUCCAAGUUCUCCCUGCAGCCCGUGCCUCCUUGCUUGGCGUCACUGCCUCUGGCCGGAGAGAGAGGGUAGACUGAGGGGAUUAUAGGGGCGUUAUUUUUUCUCUGGUGCCAUCAGAUGCCAAUCAUGCACAAAUUUGAACAUAGCCAGCCCAGAACAGGGCUGGCCAAUGACUUUGCCUGAGAUGGAGUUACACCUCUGGAAGCUAAGUGGUUAAUCUCUGUAUGCGUAGUGUUAAGAGAUACAGAUUCUAGGCACCAUAAAGAGGUUAUGAUGCAAAGGUCAUGAAGUGGUCAUGGUGAUUGGAGUAACCCUUUAAUGGUGCAAACUUUAGUGUAUAGAUCAUGUCCCUGCAUUCUCACUGCUCAAUCCUCUGCCAUUUAAGAGAUAAAUCACUUUGUUUAUGCAGCCCUAGUCACACCUCCCUGCAUGUGACUUACACAGCCUUCCUAAACACUUUCUCUAAGGAGUUUACAUUUUUUAGAUUCCCUUAUUGCUCAUUGUGACAUAUUACAUAUUUGGGUUGACUGUUUAGUGACCGUGCAUUGACUCUGUCACUAAACAAGGACAAUAAAGGAAUAUUACAGUGUAUCACUAAUUAAACGGGUUUCAGUUAAGAAAGAAACUAUUUUGUGAUGACAAUCCAAAAAUUGUAUUGCAGAUUUAAACUGUGAAACAUAUGGUUACUAAUACUAUGAUUUAAAUUAUAUAUCGUUUUUGUUUAGCACCUAAAGCACCCCCUGAUAUGGAUAUCGAUUUGGAACUCUGGGACAAUAAAACUAUAACAAGUGCACUAAAAAACUACCUCAGGUAUGACUGUCAUUUCUUAUCGAAACCUCUGUUAUUGUUACCCAAGUAGGUUCUGCCAGGAAUUUCUCAGUAAGUACAAUAUAUAUAUAUAUAUAUAUAUAUAUUUUAUAAUUUUCAUACCGCAGCAGCUGGUGUGUCUGUACCCCACCAUUUCAGCUCUUGUGUCGCUGUAGAAUUGAAGACAAUCGCAUACACACACACACACACCUAUUCACAAACAUAUUCAAACAUACACAUCACUUUUUUUUUAAAUAAAUAUAUUUUUUCUGUUUGUAUUGCCCAAGGGGUAAAUUAUUUUGCUCUUCACUUGACUGUUUCUUUAUACUGUCCUUUGUUACUAGAAAGUAAAGAGUAUUAAAAGGAAGACUACUUCACUAUGUUCCGGAAAACUGAAACAUUCAUUCAAUUGACUUUCACAUGCACUGGAACUUUCACAUAAAUUGUAAACGUUCCCUGUAUUUAUUAAAAGAGACUGAAUCCCAGUCGCACUCACCAAUAGGCAAGAAGCACAGUCUAACAGAUAAGUAGCAAAACAGAAACCUUAGCUUUAUUGGCAACUAAUACAUAGCUGUUAGAUACAAAGAGAGAAAAAACAGAUAACUCCACAUAGUGUGAGGACAUCAAUAAUAAUAGCGAUUAAGAGGUGGGUGGUAUCCACCUCUGGGCAGGUGGGUGCAUAAAUAAUGAUUAGAGAAAAAGGUAGAUAAUAGGUGAUCGUUUACUCAGGAAGUCAGUUUAUAAGAAAACCUAGUCGAACACAUCCCUUAAAGUGAAAACAGGGGGGAAAAAGACAAAUAAAAAAAGGGUAGCACCCUAAUCACUGGACAGCUGACUCGAUAUAUUAUAUAAAGGUACAAAUUACCUCAUCCAUACCUCCCCUCUAUUAUAUGCUCAAGCCAAAAAAGAGAUAAAGGAAGUGGCUGAUAAUUAUGUGGGUAUCCUAAGGACCCCCAUCCACGGAAGAAUCUCCCACUGUCCCUAUAUACCUCAGCACCACACAAGGCUAGUGUGUGCCUACUUGCACCAAUAACCCUCAGAACGUACAGACUAAAUGUGCAUAGUGUUACCCAAAAGUGCUUAAUAAAUAAAAUAAAAAAUGAAACGCCCAACGCGCAUUUCGGUGUGCUAAUACGCCGUCGCCAGGGUCAGAUUAUUUUGUUUCCUUUUUUUACUUUCUUUGGGAUCCUGAAACUACUGCCAGAGUUCCUCACAUUUUUUUCUCCAAGACGAAGUCCCAUCCUUCAAGAAAUGCUUGACUUGUUUUGAUCUGUUUCAGAUGUCUCACGGAACCCCUGAUGACCUAUAAAUUGCACAAAGAUUUGAUACUUGCAGUCAGUGAGUAUAUCUCCUGCACAGAAAUAAAUUGCAACGUUUCACUACAUAAAUGAUGUUUGACUGUUCUUCAUAUUUUUAUGCUCUUUUAUACUGGAGAUAUAUUUAACGUAUUAUUCCAUAUACAGCCCUGUUCUUGAAUUUACAAGGUUUAAACUAAUGGUGUUAAAAAAACCAAGAGUAUAUCUAGUUAAAGGGACACUCCAACGUGGAUUUAACAUACAUAUUUUUUCCUGCAUUAUACAGAUAAUUAAGCUAAAAGUAUAUAAAUACAUUUCUGACCUCUGAAUUCACCUAUUUUGCUAUAAAUCACAAAGGCCUCAAUUUAACUGACCACUAAAGUCACAGGCCAAUUCAUCUCAAUAUUGUUUUGCAGAAACGGCAAUGUUUACUUUGAAGGGUUAAACACACCUUCAGAGGAUUUUACAAUGACAGUCACUGGAGGCACUUCAACUGCAAAGACUUAGAAAAACUCAGUACAUGUCACUUUGCAGCCCCAUAGGAAAGCAUUGAAUCAAUGCUUUUCUAUGGGAGAGCUAGAAUGCAUGCACAGUGCUCAUUGUGCAUGCGCUUCAUGUCAUCAUGCUCAUUUAUGGGAAGCGUUGGAUAGGACCAUUGCAGAGGAGGCAAGGUCUCCCAUGUGACAUCACAGGGGGAGGAGGAGAGGUAUGCAGCACAGAGGGAAAAGCUUUUUUCAAAAAUUUUUAUGGCAUGCUGGGGAUAACCUGUAUAACUACGGACAGAGGCACUAAAGCGAGAGGAAUACAGGUUUGUAUUUCUAAUGCUUUUGUGUUCCUUUAAUUCUGUUGGAUAAGCUUUUUAAGGGAUUUCAAAUUUUUGGUUAAUGUUUUGAAAUUAUUUUUUUCAAACUAUUAAAAUAUAUAAAUAUCAUAUCUAAAAAUAUAUCAAUAUAUUAAAAUAUUAUGAAAUGUUAAUACACCGCCUGGCCAUAAAAAAAGUCGCCACCUGAAUUUAACUAAGCAAAUAGGUAAGGGCCUCCUAUUCCAUAGUUUCUGCAUGGGUGAUUAUCUUUCAGCAGGCAACAAGUUAUUUAACCCUAACUGAUGCAAUGAGUAACUUCUCAUUUCUUAAACAACCAUGUCGAAAGACACAUCCCGUGGUUGUGGAAGAGAUGUUAGUCUGUUUGAGAAGGGUCAAAUCAUUGGCAUGCAUCAAGCACAGAAAACAUCUAAGGAGAUUGCAAAAACGACUAAAAUUGGGUUAAAGGACCAUUAUAGUGCCAGGAAAAAAAACUCGUUAAUAGUCCCCCCCCCCACCCUCAGGGUCCCACUCCCACUGGGAUGAAUGGGGUAAAAACCCUUCAGCCACUUACCUUUCCGUGAUCCCUCGACGCUGGGAACUCUACUCCCUCUGCCGACGUCGGACCGAAUGUGCAUGCGCAAAAGAGCCGCGCAUGCAUUCAAACCGCCCAUAGGAAAGCAUUAUUCAAUGCUUUCCUAUGGACGUCCAGCGUCUUCUCACUGUGAGACAGCCACUAGAGGCUGGAUUAACCCUCAGAGAAAUAUAGCAGUUUCUCUGAAACUGCUAUGUUUUCAGCUGCAGGGUUAACACUAGAGGGACCUGGCACCCAGACCACUUCAUUGAGCUGAAGUGGUUUGGGUGCCUAUAGUGGUCCUUUAAGAACUGUCCAUUAUGCAUUAUUGCAUUAUUAAAAACUGGAAGGAUAGUGAGGAACCACCAGUGAUGGGCGCAUCAAGGUAAGAAGAAAGACAGAUGAAGUGAUGCACCCAUCAUGCCUAGUGCCUACUGUACAAGCCUGUGGGGGCAGUGCUAUGAUCUGGGGUUGCUGCAGUUGGUCAGGUCUAGGUUUAGCAACAUUAUGUGCCCAAAGAAUGAGGUCAGCUGACUCCCUGAAUAUAAUGUAUGACCAGGUUAUGUCCAUCAAUGGAUUUUUUCUUUCCUGAUGGCACUGGCAUAUUCCAAGAUGACAAUACCAGGAUUCAUCUGGCUCAAAUUCUGAAAGCGUGGUUCAGGGAGCAUGAGACAACAUUUUCACACAUGGAUUGGCCACCACAGAGUCCAGACCUUAACCCCAUUGAGAAUAUUUGGGAUGUGCUGGAGAAGGCUUUGCGCUAUAGUCCGACUCUCCGAUCAUCAAUACAAGAUCAUGGUGAAAAAUGAAUGCAACACUGGACGGAAAUAAAUCUUGUGACAUUGCAGAAGCUUAUUGAAACAAUACCACAGCGAAUGCGUGCCGUAAUCAAAGCUAAAGGCGGUCCAACAAAAUCUUAGAGUGUGUGACCUUUUUUUUUUUUGGUGGCGACUAUUUUUUUGGCCAGGCAGUGUGUCUUUUGUAAAAUGAAAUACUUUUAAAAGUUGAGUUGACGAUAAUAAAUCAUUUGAAAAGUAUAUCCAAUAGUAUUAAAUGGAGGCCUAAGUGCUGAUCCGUAUCCAGUGGUGUUUUACUGAAGAAAAUAAAUGUCUGAGAUGUGUCAGCCAUUCCUGGUCCUUUCAUAGGCCUCUGUGACUGUAUAUUUUACAUAGACUCCUAUUCCAUCUCUCAUUCACACUCUGUACUUUGUUUUAUGGGAAAGCAAUAGCUUUUUUCUAAAUUAAAUAGAUAGCCAGAGAAUCAUGGGAGUUGUAGUUCAGCAACAUCUGAAGGGCCCUGGUCUAGAGGAUGAAUUUUUGCCCAUUAAGGGCAUGUAGCUUACUUUAUGUGAAACAGUUUAUUAAAGGAGUGUUUGGGAAUAUGACUAUUUUUACUUUUAUUGCUGACAGCCUGCAAUUAUAGCAGACGGAAUGUUUAUUAUCAUCCACACAUUUCACCGUUCACCAUUUUAAUUGUAUCUGUGUUCUAAUUGGCUACUUGUUGUUAUAAGGGAAUCAGAAUACAGCUUUGUUCUAAGAGAAAUCUUCAUUUUAUUUUAUUUUAUUUAUUAGCAUACUAAAGAUCUCCUACAUUUGAGUGAUUAGGGGAUAUUUAUAAAAACAAAAUAGUUUUUUUUCUGGGUGCAGAUUGCUAAAUGUUGAGAAACCUUUAUUUGUUUCCACGGCAAUUAUUUCUUAUUUAGCACUUUGACCCAGAAUAUCACCUAUUUUUUCUUUAUAAAUCUACCUUUUUCUAUUUAUCUGAUUUUUUUUUUCUUUUCUAAUGUUUCUGUUUUCCAAGUAAAUUGUUGUCUAGAUGUAGGAAUUUUAUAAGGAUGUAUUUUGGGAGGCUGUGUAAAUCUCAACUGGGGGAUGUAUGGCUAAGGCUGCAUUAACAAAGACAUUUAACUCCGAAACUUCUAAAGAAUUGAUCAGCGUAACUGCAGAGGCAUGGUCUAUACACCUAAACCACUUAAUUGAGCUGAAUUUGUUUUAGUGCUUAGAGUAUGCCUUUAAAUCUCAUUUAUUCUGAAGCAGUUCUUAUGCUUUUAAAGAUGAUUGAAAAUGGCCACUCCUCAGAUAAGGGAUAAGCCAAGUGAUGCACUGAGAAGGGGUAUUUACUUUUAUGUAUGAAUUACAAAAUAGCAGAGGCUAUAUUACAUGUAAUGUUUUAUCAUUAAUAAAAAUAUGUAUGAUUAUAUAUUUCCUUGAAAGUUUUUUGGUAAUGUUUAGAUGUUCUAAUUUAUUGUAUUAUCAUGCAGAGUCAGAUGACCAGAACUAUAGAGUUCAAGCAGUUCAUGCCCUCGUUCAUAAGUUACCAGAAAAAAACAGAGAAAUGUUGGACAUCUUAAUCAAACACCUUGUGAGGUAAAUAUUGUUUUAUGCCACUCGCCAUAUUCUCUUCAACCUUAAUCUAUUCCCACCAGACACAUUGUCUCCCGCCUUAACUUAUUCCCACCAGCCAUAUUUUCUUCCCUCUUAACAUAUUAUCCUCAACCAUAUUGUCUCAGACCUUAACACAUUGCAACCAGCCACAUUCUCUCCCACGUUAACAUAUAGUCACCAACCAAAUUCCUGCUAUCUCGUUAAGAUCUGAGGCUAUUUGUUUUCAUUUUUGUGUACUGGAGUGGGAGUGCAGUUCGGGUUGAGCGAAGUUUCCUUUGCUGCAGAAGAUCACUUUUCCUUGCAUUCGUGUAGUGCACAGUAAACCUGGUGUUUUUAGCUACAGGAGUCUUUCAUGCAAAGUGUCUCUUGACAAAACCAUCACUUUCUUAUAAUUAUAAAUAUUAUUUAUUUUUAUUUUUUUCAGAUUCUUUAUUUAUAUGUUUUCAUUUGUAGCAAGUACAGUGAGAUACAUAGGUACAGAUAUAUAGAAAUACAGAGUAACAUAAGAUCAUAACAGUCUGGAGCUACAAGUGAUGGGAUACUGUUACAGUAUCCAUCGAUAUACUCUUCUCAGGGUCUAUUGGGCUUUUUCGCCUUUCCCCAAGGAGGGGUGUGUUGUCGUCUAUUAGUCAGUGCUCCUUCUGGGGCGUUCAGGCUGACUCUGACCACGGACAGAUGGUGGCUAUUGGGACCCUGGCUCCUGAGUAAGAGCGGUUGUGUUCGCAUGAAGCUUUAGCUUUGUGGUGGUAGUCACGUUAGGUAGGGGAGUUCGUUUGGGAGAUGUGCUUGAGAGGUUGUUAAUCGAUUUUGUCCCUUAACUUGUGUGGGAUAGGAUGUGGUGCGUUUUAGUUUAACCCCUGACUGCGGUGGGUUAUAUACUACUAGGAGAGUGAGAAGAUAGAGAGGAGAUAGAUGCCAGCUUAAUGAGGGUCAGUCAAAGUGGAAGGGUAGGGGUUGUAGGUUGCAUGCCCACGAGCUUGGUCUGCCUUCCAGGGGAGGGAAGUAGGGAGUUUGGGGGCCCUCUUAUAAUUUUAAUAUUCCAAAUACCAAAGUGGUUCUCAUAAACUUUGAAUAUGCCUUUCUCUUAUCUUGCAGGGUAUCAUUGCACAGCCAACAAAAUCUAAUGACCAUUUCUAAUCUUGGAGUCAUCUUUGGGCCGACUCUCAUGAGAGCGCAGGAAGAAACAGUGGCAGCCAUGAUGAACAUCAAGUUUCAAAAUAUAGUUGUUGAAAUUUUAAUAGAGCAUUAUGAAAAGGUAUAUACUAUUAUUAUGAUCAUUAUGAUAAUGGUGAUGAUUAUUAUUAAAUUGCCUUUUCACAAUUUAGUUCUAUUUCACCGUAAAAUAGUAAAUUGCAGAAGCGUAACAGGCAGGUUUGAAUGUAUUACCUAGAUUAGAGUAUUUUUUAGAAAAAAAUUACUUUCUCUUUCUUCUCGUUCUCUGUCUGAUAUUAUUGCUAUGGAUUUCGUUCUGUCUUAAUGUGAGAAGCAGAUUUCAAGGAUUAGAGAGACCUUGAUUUAAUAAUGUGUACGUACGUGUUACAGAAUCAUACACUGUGUACGUCUUGACUAAUAAACAAUGCAUCGGUUCACAUUAAUCUAUUAAUGAACCAUUUUAUAGAACAGAUGUUAACGGAAUCUGAUAUUCUGUUUAUGUGUGCAAUUUUUCUUUUCUUCGUGGAUAAAUAGAAAGAGAAAAAGAUAGUUUGUAGUGAAUGAUCAAAAGUCUUAGUGAUGUAAUGGUAAAAAAUAACGUUUUAAAAUAAUAUAGAAAUCCCUGUUACUGGAAUUCUAGAAGUCAUGGAGUGUGAGUUCCAAGGCAGUGCGUUGGUCAAACAUAAAGGAAAUAUAACAAAUAAAUAAAGAGUUACGCAAAAGUAUCUCUUAGGGAGAUAUUGCAACAAUUAGUGACGUUGCGCCAAUGUUGCAAUUUUCUCACUGCUGAAUGCUCUUAUGCUGAUAUGAGUGAAAUUUACUGUCUGGUGACAGGAUAUAAAUCAGAGCAAAUAGUUAUCUGGUGAACCCCAUGUGAAUUAGAGCAAAAAAGGGGUUAGAGAGAUUCUAAGAGUUAGAAGGGGGGGCGGGGGGAAUCUAGUACUGAUUAUAGUUAAAUCAAUUCCAGGCAAGCAGGGAGGGUGCAAGAGCCGGUUGGUCCCUAAUAUAGUCUAAAAUAUUGCCAAACUAUAUGUCCCUACAUAUUUGGCAGCCAGCACUUGUUCCCUCUAUGUUUUAAGCAACAGUUUAAAAAAAACAAAAUACAGAAAUUACUAAGUUGGAAAACUUCCUACCUACUAGAAUGAACAAUAAAGUAAAAAAAAUUAAAAUAUAUAUAUAUAUAUAUAUAUAUAUAUUCCAAUUCCAAUAUCUUAGGGUAAUCAAGUGAAGUAAUUCCCUAAUGGACCAGAGUUAACAAGUUAUCUGUUAUUAAAGUAGAGACUAAGUGGAAAAGCCUUCUAGAUCAAAAGGCCACGUCAGUCUGCACUCGAUGCACGUUUCUCACGGCUACCGUUUGCCCGGGGUCAUCAAGAGUGCUAUGGAAAAAUAGAAAUACAGGGUUUGAUGCAUUAGUUGCCAUUUUUUACCCGUACUAGGGCAUUUUAAGCAAAAUAAUCACUCCAACUUUAUAUGGUAGUUACACUUCCAUUUACCAAUAUCACUUGAUGUCCAAUCUGGAUUUCAAUGGCAGGCAGAAAGUGCAGGGCUAUCUUUCUAGGAGUAAACAUUAAAGGACCACUAUGGAGCUCAAUGAAGUGGUCUGGGUUUUAACCCUGCAGUUGUAAACAUAGCAGUUUCAGAGAAACUACUAUGUUUACAUUGCAGGGUUAAUCCAGCCUCUAGUGGUUGUCUUCCUGACAGCCGCUAGAGGCGCUUCUGCGGCGCUCGAUGCGAAAAUUGCAUUGAGCAUGCAGAAUGUCCAUAGGAAAUCAUUCAGUAAUGCUUUCCUAUGGACGGUUUGAAUGCAUGUGGCUCUUGCACGUUUGGCUCCAUUCGGAGAUGACGUUGGAGGUGGACGAAUGGUCACCAGCACCGAGGGAGCUCGGCGUUGGAUUAAGAUAAGUGGCUGGAGUGGUUUUAACCCCUUCAGCCCAGCCGGAGGGGGGCCCUGAGGGUGGGGGGCACCUAAGGAUUAUAUAGUGUCAGGAAAACAAGUUUGUUUUCCUGGCACUAUAGUGGUCCUGUAAAUCAAUGUUGCAUGUCCCAAGCUUGCUGAGGCAGUGAGAAGUAUAACCAUCUGAACGUGGGUUCUCCUACACUUUCUUGUCAGUCAAGUUCAAGUACAUUUUAUUGUGCUCGCUGAAUUGAUAGAUUUCAGUGUAGAUGUAGAGAUCUAUUUUUCAGAGAUGUGAACGUUCAUUGUUGACUGCAAACUGGCAAACUUUGGAUUUACUGAGCAGACUAAGGACAUUAGUAUUUAUCUCCCCAAAUUUACCCCCCAAAAUGUAAUGUACGUUGAUACUUGUUAACAUGCAAUCAUACAGCCCAAGCAGGCUCCAUGUCCUUCCUCACCUUGUUCCUUUAGGCAGUAGGAUAUUUUGUUUUCAAACUUUAGAAAUAGUGUACAUCAAAUGCUAGGAAUAGUGGAAGUUGGUAGAAGAAUACAAAUAUACCAAAUAUUUGUUAUGCAACUAGUUUUCAGCACUUGAAGGGGAAGGAUAUGGCUUUACUUUUAAAUCUUUACAAUAUGUUUAUUUUGUAAUUAAAAUAUCUUCUUAAUAUGGAUCACAAAAGGUAUAUGCAAUUCAAACAACUUGUACAUGUUUUGUUUUUGUAUAUAGAUUUUCCAUACUGCUCCAGAUCCGAAUGUGCCUCUUCCGCAGGCUCAGUCGCGGACAAGUUCUAGAAGGACUAGAGCAAUCUGUCUUUCAUCUGGAUCCAGGAAACCUAAAGGAAGAUUAACACCAUGCCUUGCAGAUCCAGAUAGUAUGUUUUGUUUUUUUAAAUGACGUUUAUGGUUUAUUUAUUAUUUAUUAAAUUUUAUCUUGUAUCAGAUUUCCAAGUAUUAUUUUUUUUAUUCCUAGGAACUUUCUUAGCAUGUGAAAGAUUUUUUCAGACUUUCACUAAACCAUAAAAUUCACAUUUUAUGUCAAUUAUAGUCCUGUUUUGCAACUGCUUGUUUAGCUUCCUUGAUUUGGCAUCAAGCAUGAGAAUAUUUUUUAGAUAAAACCAUGAGAGGAGCAACCUAAUGAAAACCAUGUGAUCUUACAUGAUGGAAUAUGUAAUAAAAUAAUCAACAUGUAUGUUCUUUUUUAGGUGACUCUUAUAGUAGUAGCCCAACUAGUACCCCAAUGGGAAGCAUUGAAUCACUUUCUUCGCACUCUUCAGAACAAAAUAGUACUUCAAAAUCAGUGUCAUCGCCUCAAAGAGAAAAGAAAGGAGGGGGGAUUCCUUGGGUGACUUCUACACCUUCUUCUAAUGGCCAGAAAAGCUCCAGCCUUUGGACUACCAGCCCUGAGUCAAGUUCAAAAGAAGAUGCUUCAAAAACAGAUGUAGAGUCUGAUUGUCAGAGCGUAUCAUCUGUCACUAGCCCGGGAAACUCAUCUCCUCCGAUUGACUUGACUAAGAAAGGCCAUUUUGAAUUCUCUGGUUUGAAACGUUCCUCUGCAACUUCCCUUCGUUCUUUAUCUUCUCCAGAAGGUAAAAACUAUUGGCUUUAUGUGAACCAAAAAAAAUACUAGUUGAAGAUUUUUUUUUUUUAAUAUAUCAAAGGUGUUCUGCUGAAUGUAUGUGUUAACAAACGUAACAUUAAGAAUGUCAAACAAAUUGUGAUGCACAGUCAUCAUACCUUCAAAUAAUAGAUGAGGCAUCCUGUAGGCUAAGCAUUUUGGGAUGCCUCAUCUAUCAUUUGAAGGUAUGAUGACAGCACAUCACAUUUUGUAGAUUUCAAUUGAUAUGAAAAUGGCAUAGCCGUAAAGUCUGCAGAAGUGGGAAUAAAAGGAACAACAUUAAAAUAAUGCAUGUGGUGCCCUCUAAGCAGACAAUAUGCUAUCAGUGCAUUAGACAAUAUAUUACAUUCUGAAUAAAAAAAAAAAAUAUAUAUAUAUAUAUAUAUAUAUAUAUAUAAAAAUAUAAUAAUAAUCUGAUUUGCAUGAAAAGAAAAGUUAUCCUAAUUACCUUUACAAUACCAAACCCUGGCUUGAAAUAAUACGUGUAUACUGAGUUACAGUUUUGUCAUAUUAUUCACAUUAGUAUUUUGCCUGAGUUGUAUUAAUUUAAGACUUUUAAGUUGUGAGACACAUGAAAGGAUAGACUGUUUAUUACCAAAUCAGCAGAAAAUAAACAGUUCUGUGUUUGCAUGAUUUCAAAGCAUGCACAAAGAAAAAAAAAACACAUAUUGCGUUGUUCUAUUUACAAAAUCCACCCAGCAUGUGAAACUAUUUCUCAUUAUUUCUUACCAUUUUCAUGCUAUAUGAUAUAGGAUUUAUGAUCAAUAACAACUUGAGGGCUAAAGAUACAGUCACACGCGUCCACGACUGACACUUGUAAUGCCCACAUUGAGAGGGCGGCUGAGUAGGGAAGGUUUCCCGGUGCUCUAAAUCUGGAGAGCAGCCACAGACUAUAGGCACCAUAACCACUACACCCAGCUGUAGUUUUGUUUUGUCUGGGUUUAACGACACUGCCUAGGGUACAUUGACAAUUGAAAUGUCUUAAUGUCACUGUGUAAAAUACGUUUCAAGUAAAAUUCAAAGAUCUAAGGAAAAUGAAGCCUGUGAGUUACUAUAACAAAUUAGUUUAUACAUGUAAGUAGAUAAUAAUACAAAUAAUACAAAUCUAUUGUAAAUGUAUAAUAAAGCCUAAUGGAGUUUCUGUAGAGCUAGAAGUAAAUAUAGGUUCAUUCAUUUGUUAGUAUCAUAAUGACGGUCUUUUCAUCGUAACAAAAAUGAUGUUUUUUUAUUCAUUGCUUCUUGCUUAGAUCACAGUAUCAAUAGUUAUCCACAACACAUUAAGGAACUAUCUCAUGUGUAUAAAGCCCUAAUUACACAGGAUAAAGACUAGAUUUAAAAAAAGCUAAAAAAAAACUAUGCAUAUGUUUAAAAAAAUAAGACACGUAAAGCUACCUUACUAAACUGUCUUAACUUUCUUCUUCCUGUUUACCAUAGGCAUUAAAAGUCGGAGCACAUCGACUCAAAGCUUAACGCCUAUGGACAUGAAAGACGUUUCAAAGGUUUUUCCUGAUUUACCUCCCAAAGUUAUGAGACGGCAAAGGCUGGAUACGGGUUCCAGUAAUGGCUACCAGAGACCUGGAUCAGUGUGAGAAUUGCAAACUAGUUUUAUUCAUUGUUAGGCGAAAGUUCUAGUUUACUUGUAAGGCUUAAACUAAGAAUGUGUCAUAUUUUAGUUGAUUCAUUGAAGAAGAAAAAAAGAUUAAAAACUGUACAUUUUUACAAAAUAUAGCAUUGCCAACAAAAAAUAGACUGAACAGGGUCUACUGCAGAAACUAUAGAAGGAAGACUCACAAACGCAGGAAGUAGCUUGAGUUUCUGCAAUUUCCAGUGAAGUUGCGAAUUCUUAUUACAAUUUAUUUAAUAUUUCUUAUAUACCCCCCUAUACUGUGUUUUAUUAUGAAUGAAAUAUGUCUGUAAAAGUGAAUUAUUCUCAGUCUGUGCAAAAAUUUUGUGAAUUUUUCUAGAAGAGUGAAGAAGAAAAGACUUUCUAAUAGAACUGGUGAUUACUUAGCUGUAACCAGUCUGGUAAUCGUGUAACAGUAUUAGUUAGCUGUAUCACCGAAUCAUAGGGCUAAAUUCACAAUUCCAGCUCUAAAUUAUUCACAAAACUGAGAAAUGCCAGGAAUUGAACAGAAAGUUGCAAACUGGACUACAAAUCCAAGCUGAAAAAAAUUGUAGAAUAGUUUUUCCAUUUUCUUCUGGAAAAACAUAUUAAAUAACCUUGUUUGUUUGUUCGAGUGGUGUGAGAAAGACUAUGCAUUCAUUUGUAGGGGGGUUUAUUCAAGUACAGCAAACAAACUCCUGUAUUUUUACAUGAAACCUCUUUGUCUUUCUGACUAUCUGAUUUAUAAUUGAGACACACCUCCCUAGUUAUCAAAGUGCCGCUUUCUAAUGUGACAGGCUCCAGACACAUAAUGCUUUUCAGCAGAGGGGCCAGGCUUAGGUGCACUAAGAAGUCAGUUUUUUUAACCCUUCCAAAAUAAUUUGACACAAACUGGGCAAAUUGGGGAGACACCCAAAGACUCUUUGCACCACUGGCAUUGGGGGAAAUAUUUAAAGGUCUGAAGCCUAUUUAACCAUUGCAUGACUAUAAUGCGGUCAAUUGUUUAUUGCCAAGUAUAACAUGAUUAUUAUUAUUAGCAUCUGUAUUAUUACAAAUGUAUGUGAAAAACCACAAAUUGGGCAAUUUAGUCUAUUCACUUGUUUUGGGAAUGAGUAUAAUGCAGAAAUAGGGUGGGUGGUAUAAAACAACAUUUGGGGUUUUCAGACUGGGAGGUGCCCACGUAAAACGUAUUGAGGGCCACAGUGUGAUAUAGACACAUACAUGCAAUGUCUACCUAACUGUCUGUUUAUAUCUGUCUUUGUCUGUGUUCAUAUAAAAUAUUUAUUUAUUUUGUGGGGUUUUUUUCUCUAUCAGGGUAGCUGCUAAAGCCCAGCUCUUUGAAAAUGCAGGGUCACUGAAGCAAUCUAUCCCCGGACGGUAAGUUUAACAGGACUUACCUCCUAGCAAAGCAUCUUUACUUUUCAUCCAGCCCUAUUAACCUUCUUCAUGCCAAACAACUAUUAUUUAUGUUGGAACACCAAGACAAAAAAAGUAUCGAUUGUGAGUUUAUAGAUUUCCAUGGUAGAAAUAUACUCUGUCCUCAUGAUGAAGGAAUUUAUUAUUAAGCUUGAACAUACAACAUUUUCCAUGGGAAAAAACAACAACAACAACACAUCUUUUAGUUAUUCCUAGAUAUCUGAUUGAGUACAGCUUUUUGACAAUAAUAUGUCCCUUAGAUCUCAUGGGUACAUAUAACACACUGACUAAUAAACUCAAACGCAAACUGUUAGCCAGGGAUGGCUUACUUUGACACUUUACACUAUGUACAGCCAGUUUUCAGGUCAACUGGAUUAAUAGGCACUUCAGAUAAAUACAUGACAUUCUGUUGAUAGUUUUGUUGGUGACAGUUCCUUUAUAAAGUAUACAAUUUUGGUAAAGACUUGUUAGGUAAAAAAAAAAAAAAGAAUUACAAUUUUAAAUAGUUAGGAAACAGGAAAUGACACUCCCAAUGAAAAACUAAAAACAACUAAAAAAAAAACUAAACAAAUCUUCAUGACAGCAGUCAAGUCAAAAGUCAUGGGAAAGAAUUUUCAAGUGCUGUAAAUAUCUAAUCACGCAUUGAUAAUUGUUUAUUUCCAUUAUGAAUUUUUACUGUAUACCAUUAAAGUAAAAUGGCAUUUUUGAUAGCAAGAGCUGUCUGGAAUUUACCAAUUAAUUAUAAUUUUUAAGUCAGAGGAGUAAUCAAAUCAUAAUUCCAACUGAGCUUAUACACCCUAAAAUACAGUAGCUAUGAUAGCCAUCACUUGCAUGAGGUUAUUUUUGCAGCUAUUUACUUAAUUAAGAUUGUGGAAAAUCACAUAUUUUUCAAAAUAGCUGAACUGGACAAAUUCUCCAACUGAGCUACGUUUUAAGCAGUUAUGGAUAUUUCUCUGGUAUUUCUACUUUGGAUUGAUUCUAAAAUAUUAUAAAUGCUUACCAAAGCACUGACAAAGGUACUACAGUACCGAAAUAUUCCGGCAUGGUUUGAUCAAAUUCAUUGCUGAACCUUCAGUACGAAGCACGUUUGUUUUGAAUUUAUGCUGGGUUUUGGGGACAGGAGCCCAUACAUCCAGCACUAGAAUAAUCCGGUGAGUGCCAUUUAUUGUGACUGUGUAAAUGCUUGACACUUGGAAAAAAGGUUCUUCUCAAAUCUAGAUUUUUUUUUGCCUCGUUCGUUAAAUAAAGUAAAGCAUGCUUUGUAUGUGCACACAUUCAAAUAUCAAGGUAUGUAAUCACUAAACAACAAAGUAAGUUCCAAAACAGCCGCAUUAGGAAAAAAAACUAAACUAUGUUUAAACGUCUCUUGGAAUUUUGAUAAAACAUCAUGUACUUUUCAAGAUUCGUUUUUUUAAAGUUGUUUGUUUUCCCGUUGACCAGUUGCCCGUAUGUGAGAAUUCUGGCUUAGCAGCCUGUUUCCUUUCACUACUUCCCUAAUUAAAGACACUAGUUUUUUCACAGUGAGUUGUGGUAAAUUAGUGCGCAAAAUAUAGGUGAACUCUAACCUUUUCCAACGUUACUUUCUGUUGGCCUAAAUUUUGCAAACCAGUUGUCCAGAGCUUUAUUUAGUUAUUAAACCCAGUUUUGCUGGGAAAAGGCUGACGUUUCUGUUAUAAAUGCGGAGGUUAGAGCACGUGUUGAUGCACCCAUUGUACAACGCUACGGAAUUUGCUGGCGCUAUAUAAAUAAUAAAAUAAUAAUAAUAUAAUCAUUUGUGUUUCAAUAAUAAUAGCAUUACAGUAAUCAUUUUUUUUAUUAUUAUUAUUAUUUCAGACAAGCUAAAGCAAUGUAUUCCUGUAAGGCAGAGCACAGCCAUGAACUUUCCUUCCCCCAGGGGGCGAUAUUUAGUAAUGGUAAGAUUCCAAUUGACUUACUCAAAAACAUGAGUCAUUGCACAUCAUACAGAGCGGUUUAUAAGUUGGAAGAGUAAUAGGGCUGUUUAUAUUUCCUUGUUCUUAGGCCUUUCCAGGGGCAUUGGCAUUUCAGUUUUAUCUCACUAAUUGUCACUCAUUAUUCUCUGAAUAUUUGUUCCUGGUAAAAUAUUUGUUUUUCCAGGAUAUUUCUCCUUCAUAUGACUGGCAUGGUUCGUCACUGAAAUGAGAAUUGAUAGGAAUUCAAAGUAAACUUCACAAACUACCAAGCACAAAGCAUUAUAUAAAUAAGCACUCUCUAUCUAAUGCAGUAGCUGCAGUUCACUAACAAGGAGUUCCCCCACCCUUGUAUAAUAUAUGCUACAAAACCAACAAAGAUGUGAACAGUGCUGAAUUAACAAAUUACAUACAUAGACUUAGGGGAGACUUUCAAUGUAUGUUUCAUGAAAAAAGAGAAACAGGGAGAAAUAAUGGUGCAGCAAAAUAAACAAUAGUGAAAUCUAAAUGAUAAAUGCCAAUGGAACACUCACACUUUUUAGAGCUAUAUAAACCCUAUUUAGUAGGCCUGGAUGGUGUAAUCCAUGUCUAAGGAUAUCCCAAGGGAAGUCAGCAGGGCUUUAUUCCAGAUGGAUGGUAUUUACCAUGUUUUGAAAGAAAAAAUAAAGAGAAGAUCCAAUGGUAUGGUAUGUAAAAAUAACAAUAGCUGUAAAAGGAUACUAUCCUACUUACUUAACCUAGAGCAAGAACCUGCUCCAGUGUGUAGAAGUUUAGGUGAAACAAUCCCUACAUGAGGAUAUGUAUGUGUCACAUCAUGCCUUGUUCUGCGGAUCAGUCUGGUGAUGGCUUCUGGUAUCUAGUACUCUUUUUACAAUUCUUGUUUAGUUUUUCUUGGUUUUUCUGGUUUUCUAUUCAAUCCAAGAGACUGGGAAAUCCAGGGACGGAAUACAGGAAUGAACCCAGAAAACCCAGCAUAAAGAAAACCAGACAUAGAAUAGAAAACCAAAAAACCAAGAAAAACUAAACAAGGAUUGUAAAAAGAGUACUGGAUACCAGAAGCCAUCACCAGACUGAUCCGCAGAACAAGGCAUGAUUUGACAGUAUGGAACCGGAUCAGCAGCAGGAACAGGAUGAUCUCAAAUCUCACUUGCCCUAACUCUGCAACCUCACUCUACAUCUCCACUCUCUCCUCUCAUCAUGGCACCUCCUACAUUUAAGCUCAGCAAGCGUCCCCAAUUACAAUCCUGGCACACAAAGCUGACCCGAUAUCUCCAAAAAUGUUCAAGAAUUGCUGAACGCUGUUGGAGAAAGUCUCACUCUGCACCUGACAUCCUCCACUGUAAAUGUAUGCUGCGCUCCUACACUCUGGCUCUUUCCUCUGCAAAAGUAAAUGACUUCAAUACCCUCAUAACCACACUCUCCCGCAAACCCAAACAACUAUUUUAUAACAAGGACCCAGGAUGAUACAAAUAGCUGAAGCCCGAUCUACUAACAUCCCCGUUUUAAAAAGCUUUGGAGAAACGCGUCAAGUGAGGACAAGUGAGGACUUACUCUUUGUUAUAGAGGACUUUUAUACUUAAUAUCUUACUUAUAUUUUAUCAUAUUUUGUUUUACCCAAUACAAUACUUUUUUUUAAUAUAUAUAUGCAGUCUUUUGAGUACUUACCUUACAUCCUAUUCCUGUUGCUGAUCCGGUUCCAUACAUAUCCUCAGAUAGGGAUUGUUCCAUCUAACGUUCUACACACUAGAGCAGGUUCUUGCUCUAGGUUAAGUAAGUAGGAUAUUAUCCUUCUACAGCUAUUGUUAUUUUUACAUGCCAUACCAUUGGAUCUUCUCUUUUUAUUUCUUUCUAUAUAUGGUAAAUAUCAUCCACCUGGAAUCAAGUCCUGCUGACUUCCCUUGGGAUAUCCUUAGAUGGGGAUUAUACUGCCGAGGCCUAAUAAAUAGAGCUUGUAUAGCUCUAAAAAGUGUGCUUGUUCCAUUGGCAUUUAUUAUUUAUAUUUCAAUUUUGUUUAUUUUGCUGCACCGUUAUUUGUCCCUGUUUUUCUUUUUUUCAAGAUACAUACAUUGGAAGUCUAUCCUAUGUUUACGUAUUUAAUGUGUUAAUUCAGUGCUGUUCACCUUCUUCACUAAAUACCAGUCUGAACUCAGAUUUGACUUUAAUAAUAUUUAUAAAUUGGGUAUUGUGGCCUAAAUUAUGAAAAUCACUUUAAAUUCCCAUUUAGUGAAUAACCCAGUUAAUUGUUCUAGUCACCUAAAAGUCCAUAUGUUUUAUCUUGUCUUUGAGUUCUUAUUUAUGGUGAGGAUUGUCUAGACAUUUUAUCGUCCUUUCCACUUUACUUACUAUUCACUUCCUAGAACUGCUCAAAGAGCACUGCUGGUGUAUGUUUGUCCAUCAGUGUGUGAGCCUAGCAGUGUGUGCAUGUUUAUCAGUGAGUAUUUUUAUCUAGCAGACCAGCAGUUUUGCUCACAGUGCUGGGAGGAAGUGAGUACAAGUCACUUUCUCUCUUCACACUAGAUUACUGCAAAGAGACAGAGAAGAGAGAGGAAAAGGGAGGAGCAGAUUGAGAGAGCCUUGAAGGAUAGCCUCAGCAGCUUCAGUCAGCAUUCAGAUCCCAGUGGAUCCCCAGCACCCUACUGCACCCAUAAGAUAAGGGAACACGAGGGUAGUUAAAAAUAUUUAUAUUAUGACCUGCAUGAAUGUGUAUGCCAGCAUAUAAGUGUAUAUGUGUGUGUAUCUGUUUCUCAGUGUGCGUGUGACCGUGUAUGUGUAUAUGUGCAUACAUCCCAGCAUUUAAACACCAAAACUACACACAAGCACACCAUUACAUUCAAAUGCAAACACUACACACAAUUACACCACUGCUUUCAAAUGGCAACAGUACAUACAAACACAAAACGGUAUUGAAAUGCCAGCACUAAAUACCAAUACAGCCCUACAAUCACGCACAAAUACUCCAUACAAAACCAUGCUUACAUUCAAAUGCACGAACACCGACAGUGCUCAAAAAACAGCACAAACAACACAAAAGUGCUAAUUAGAAGGCACUGGAAUACAAAAUGAGUGCAGAAAACAAAAACACUCCAAAAGUAACUGUUCCUCUGCUCAGUUCUCACACACAUAUCCAUGCAAAGAAAGGCAAAUGCAAAUCCAUCCAAAUGUACAUCUGAAGCAGGCAAAGAGUAAUGGGAGAUGAACAACACGGGAUCUACCUUCUUGCACCAGGGACCUCUCUACAUUCUGCGUUCUGCCAAUGUAGCAAACACCGAAAACCUGCCUUUUGUGUAGACAUUCCAAUUCUGCUAUAACCUUCAGAAGAAGUUUUGAGGCUGCAGCCCCUAUCCACCUUGCCAAGCUUCCAUAGCUAGCAGCUCAAAGGGCAGUUUCCUACUGCCGACUUUGCCAUCAUUCUCUGACAUAACUCUUUCCCGUUCACACCUGUGCACCCCUCUCUGCUCAUUGUUUUGGUUGCAUUGUAAAUGUACCCAUUGUUGUAUAUUUGCCUUUACUCUUUUGACUUAAAAAAAAAAAAAAAAUAUGGAUUUUUAAAUGUUCUGUUUUAUGCAGUGUACCGAUCGGUGGAACCCGGCUGGCUGAAAGCAACUUUUGAAGGCAAAACUGGAUUGGUUCCAGAAAAUUACGUUGUCUACCUUUAAUGAAGUUAAAGGAGAGCUGUAUCUUCAUGGUAUCCAUGGUUACAAAAGCAACAAUUCUGUCUGACACAGAUAUGGUGAUCAAGCCAGCUCGCUGAAUUGUAGUGAUCCGUUUACCCCAGUGCAGCUGCUGGCUCGCCUCUUGUAAGCCUGUGAUUGAUGUACGAGGAUAUAAACGUUGGCAUUCAUUGCUCAGGUGUAAACAUGAGGCUUGUUAUGAAGGACAUAGUCUAAUCAGGAUAGCACACGAGACAUGUAGAUGGAUCUCAUUUAUAGGACAAUAUAACCGUGUAGUGUAGUAAGAAUAUUUGUGUUUAUUUUAUAUAUUAUGCACUAAGCUCCAAUGGCUAAUGGAGCAAAGCUUUUCAAUCCAGUGAUACACCAAGUGUAGCAUUCUAUUAUUAAGAGCCUAUACAUGUCUUAAACUUAAUUUUGUUAUUAUUGGGCCCAUCUUGGCAAAAUAUCAAAGUAUCGAUCUUGUUACCCUUAUUAAAAGGUCAACAUAAUAGUUCAGGUCCUCCGUUCCUCUUCUUAUAAUACAGAUGAAAUGACCAUAACAACUUAUAUACACAAUUCUAUACACAGAAUGGGAAGAAUUUUUUUUUUUAUUCAUAAGCAGAAGCAACAUCAGCAACAUGUUUUUUGAAAUAAAAAUAGGCUGAAUGGACAUAUGACUUGGUAUGAGAUCUGGCUCUGAUGGAUGUCCACUUGGUUUCCUUUCUGUGAUGAUUUAGUGCAGCGGUGUCCAACCUUGGCCCUCUUGCACAUGUUGCACUAUAAUCCUAUUAAUUCUUUUGCUGCUGGGUGGCAGAGAGUUCUAGGACUAAUAUGCCAACACCAUUUAAGAUAAUGCGCAAAGGUUAUGCAUACCUCAUAUAAUGUGUUGUAUAUUUGGGUAUUUUUAAAAAACACACCGGAUGUUGUCAGCAUAGUCUUUUCGAUGCUCAGUAAUGUGCUUUAGAACUCUAUAUUCUCAGUACUAUACUAUGUUUAUGUGUUUAUUAAUUUAAUAUGGUCUGAAAUUGUAUGAUAUGAAUCAUUGAACUUACAAGAAAUACGCCCUCUAAGUAAUUUUUUAACUCUAGCCACCCCUUAGUGUUGCGCAAACUGUAAAGUUUUGGGGUUAUAUCUGUCCAAUGAUGUCACUCCACAGAUCAGUUUAUGUAUUGUAGCAGUUUUUUUACAUUAUUGCAGUGUAUUCUGCACACUAUAAUCCCACACAUGUGUACAUGCUCUGUAUCCAUAUACACUCACGUUUUAAAAUGUUGGGGAAGCCUCUAUAAGGUCCAUUGUCAGGCCUGCCAUGACCACAUCAUAACAGUUGGCAGGUAUUCCAUUAUCAUAAUCACCUGCCAAUCCCUGUCUGAUGACAUGAGUUUGAUAACUUAUAUAUAAGGGCUCAAUUUAAUAUUUUUGGUUAAGCUUUUCAAAUAACUACAUUUUUUUGGAUCACC